GGAAGCCGUCGCGGACGUCAUCUCGCCGCGCGCCGAAUCCGUGCCGCUGCCGGAAACUGCCUGAGCGCGCGGGUGGCGGGUGGGCGGUAAGCGGCGACUCGGAAGGGCCCAGGAGUGUCGUUGGACGAUGUUGUAAAACUAAAACACCCACCCUGACAGAGGCGUAGCUGGGAGCCAGUGGCCUGCCUUCUCUGAGACGGAGGGUGUUGGAGUGCGCGCGAAGUCGAAAGCCGGGCUGAGAGGCUCUCCACGUAGUCCGCGCUCUUUCGCCCUCCCGCUUUAUCUGUGGUAGUUCUGGGCAGCUGGACAUUAUUUGGGAAGAAGGAAACGGAAACUGGUCAGGGAAGGCCUUGCAACUCUAGUAAAAUUCAGGAGGAAGAGGGUCGUUAAGAAUCGUAGUGUUCUGGCUACACAGUAAGGGUGGGAGCUGAUUUACCUUUGUGCUUAGGAAUUGUUUCAGUUUCUUUCUUCUGAAAGAGCUGGCAUGUGAGUUGGGUUAAAAGGAUGUAUAAAUGGGAUUGAGGUCAGGCUUCAGAGGAAGUAACAUAACUUUAAAAGCAGCUGUAGGAUUAGUAGGAGCGAAGAAAACCAGCCCAAAAGUGACUCGCAGCAGCUAAUCAGAAGCAGUGUGUUCUGAUAUGAGAGGUAUUUUUGCUUUCAGGUAGCGUCCUCUUCUGCUGCGCCUACAUCUUCGGCUUUUCAGAUGGCGCAGGCAUUUCGAGAACUCUUUCUGUUUUAUUGGAUUAGAGAACAUAGCUGAAUGUAGAUGUUUGUGCCAAAAGGAAAGUGUGGACAUAAGUAAGUUUGGGUAUAUCUAAAUGGGGCUGUUCCGCUCCGCCUGCCCUGAGAAGCCCCUUGUGGCUAAAUGAUGGAUUGUAGCAGACAAUCAUAAUUGCACAACGAUCCUCUCCUUAUCUCUAUUUUGAAUUAUCUCCAGUAUCUCCUUAUAAGAUGAGUAACUGCUCUUCCUCAAGACUAGAAGAUAGAGUUCAACGAACUCUGAAAAAAGUGUUUGGAUUUGACACUUUCAAGACUUCAUUGCAGGAAAGUGCAACCAGAACUGUUGUGAAAGGUAAAUUGCAAAUACCCGUUUUUGCAAUAUGUAGUAGGGUUGAAUAAUUUUGUCUUUUUCACAUACUAUUCAAAACACCACAGUUCCUUCAUUUCUGCAAAUGUAAAAAAUACGAUGACAAAUGAUACUUACAGAAAUUAGAUUUCUGCUUUGGAGUUUGCAUUAAUUACACUAUACGGUACAAAGGCUAUACAAUUUGUAUAAAUAUACUUCCCCUAUAGCUGAAGGUGUUGUGGUCAAAUUUUAGGCAGGAGUGGCUGACCUGUGGCCCUCCAGGUGUUAUUGAUAGAAGCUGCAAAUCCAACAGCACCUGUGGGGCCACAAGUUAGCCAGCCCUACUUUAUUAAAUGUAUACCCUCUUCUUCCCAAAGGAGCAUAGGGCUUACAAUCCAUUAUCAAUUCCUCAGUGAAAUGUCUCUUACAGGGAACAAGUGAAUGCUUGGCCAAGGCUGCUGCCCAAGGGAAUAAGCUCUAUUGAACAAUGAGGUAUACUUCCAAGCAAACAUGGGUUGCACUCUCAGUCUCUUAAAUUCACUGUGUCCUAAUCUACUGCUUUGGUUAUGGCAAUUCCUUUAUUUUUUGGGUUAUUAGGUUUGCAGCACGGUGCUAAAUGUGCUUGCUGGGAAGUAAGCCUCAUUCUGUUCACUGACGUUUACUGUCAAUUAAUUGUGUUUAUGUUUUGCAGUAUGUUGUCUGAAAGUGAGUUGCCUUAAGCUGAGCAAAGCUUUAAACCUGGAACAGUUGCACGGAACCUUAAAGCAUGAUCUACUGUGUGACACUGGCAUUGGUGCUUGUGAAGUAGAAGCAGCCAAAGAUAGCAUACAGGUGUCGUGCUUUCCAGCUGGGAGCUGAAAGAGACAUUCCACAUUCAGAUUUUGGCCAUUUCAUUAUGUUCAUUUGUAUGGCUGUGCAUUGAGGCAUAGUCUACUACAAAGCUGGGUUUUGUGUUGUCAUUUGAUGGCUGGCAUAUGCCCAUGCUUGGCCAUUAGAGAUGUGGAAACCUAGAAAAAUUGAGAAAGGGGACAUUUCCCAUCCCUAUCUUUCUUGGCCUUCACAGUCUAUUGGCUAUGAACAGAAGUGGGGUACCCAUUGCAUUUUUCCUAGUGCAGGGCUUUCUGGAGCAAGCUAGAGGAUAGGAUCUGAACCAAUGGCUUCAAGUCACAAGAAAGGAGAUUCUGACUCAACAUCAGAAAUAACAUUCUGGCAGGAAGAGCUGUUUGACAGUGGAAUGGACUCUCUCAGAAGGUGGUGGACUCUCCUGGUUUUUAAGCAGAGGUUGAAUGGCCAUCUGUUACGGAUGCUUUAGUUGAGAUUCCAGCAUUUCAGGGUGUUGGACUAGGUGACCCUCGGAGUCCCUUCCAACUCUACAGUCUAUGAUUCUGUGUAACAAGUGUUCUAUUUUUCUGUUAACUAUCAAUUUAUUGACUUGCCAGCACAAUGUUUAUAUAGAUAUUUUGUAAAUGUUAUCAGCUUUCCCCAAAACACUUAGUGUCCACGCCCCCAGCCCAGAAAUGCAGAUAAAUAUAUUUGUGUUUUAAAAAGCCUUGAUUGCUGCACUGUUGCCUUUGCAGGGGAGAAGGAUGUCUUUGUAUGCAUGCCCACUGGCGCAGGGAAAUCCCUGUGCUACCAGCUUCCAGCAGUCCUGGCAACAGGAAUCACUAUUGUAAUUUCACCUUUAAUUUCACUGAUUCAGGUAAUACCUCUUAUUGUAAGAAAGAAUGGAAUCUUGAAGAACCUGUUGUGUCUUGCUUAUGGUCAAAAAAGUAAAAUUUGAGAUGAUUGAAAUAGAAUAGGUACCAUAUUAGCUGAAUCCACCUCAUCUGUGGUGUCAAGUUGACCAAACACAGAUCAUAGUUAUGUUAGUGUAUAAUUCAGUGGUGUGCUAUAUAACCUGAUAGAAAUAAUCCUUUUUAUAAUAAUUCCUAAUAUUCGUAAUGUAUUGGAUGUUUGAGUGAAGAUUAUUCUGUUUUUUUUAAUGUAUUUGUUAUGCAGAUAAAAAUGCAAUAUAUUGACACAAUUCCCUGUUCUCGAAAGUAAACUAAUAUGGUUUCUUGAACUUCACUACCUCAGAGAAACAAAUUGAUUGCCAGACAUUGUAAAAUGAUCAUUGCUAAUGAAAUAGUCUAGAGACUGACAGUCUUGUCAUUUGAUUAUGUUGGGCUGCCUAAUUACAACCAGUUUCUGUAAAAGAACAAUAUUUUAAGUCUUUAAAAUAAAUAUAACACGGAGAUGUUUUUUGCAAACUACAGGGCUGGUGGUAAAGCCUGAUUGAUUAGGAAUAUAUCUGUAUGACAGCUAUUUUGGUAGAAGGAUGCUUUCCUCUAAGCGCCUUGCUCUUUUUUCUUUCACAGGACCAAGUGGACCAUUUGCUCUUGCUCAGAGUGAAAGCCAGCUCUCUUAACUCCAAGAUUUCUGCUCAGGAGAAAAAGGCCAUCUUAGCUGACUUGAUGUGUGACAAGCCUCAGAUAAAGCUCCUCUACAUCACACCAGAGAUGGCAGCUUCCUCUUCCUUUCAGCCUACCCUGAAGGUUCUAGUGUCUCGAAACCUCCUUUCCUACCUAAUAGUUGAUGAGGCUCACUGUGUUUCUCAGUGGGGGCACGACUUCCGACCAGACUACCUGAGACUUGGCUCUUUGCGCGGUCAAAUACCCAACACUCCAUGCAUAGCCCUGACGGCCACAGCCACUAAACAGGUCCAAGAUGAUAUUAUUGCAUCGCUUAAGCUAAAGAGGCCUGUUGCCACUUUCAAAACACCUUGCUUCAGGUCCAACCUGUUCUAUGAUGUGCAAUAUAAAGAUACCUUAACGGAUCCAUAUGAAAACCUGAAACAGUUCUGUCUGAAGUGUCUUGGGCAGAAGAAUGACUCCGGGGUGAGUUAAAUCUGUAGGAAAUAUUUUGUUUUUAAAGUUUUCUCCCCUCUCUGUCUUACUCUAGGCAGCUUUCGUUUUAAGUGGAUUGGAAUAUAUUUCCUAAAACUUAACUUUAUUGGGGCAGGGGAUGAAUGAAAGGGGAUUCUCGAUCAGCAGAGCAGACGGUAAACCGUUAACUCCACUUGGGAAAAAGGCAAGGCCAAUCAGGGGAAAAAACAACAUUUGGCUUGUCUAGAAAGCAGGAACCUUCCAGCUUUGGGCUCUGCCUUCUAGAGAAAAGCAGGGUAAUGUGGUUGCUCCUGGGCUACUGCUUGGCAGUUGCUUAUAGUCCUUAGGCGUAUACAGGGACAGGGAGAGAUUAUAAUGCUUUUAGAGCAUUGGGUGUUGUGAUGGUGCCCAGCGCUGUAUGAUCCUCCAGUUUGCACAGCCUCCAGCUGACGGGACAGCUGCCCAGGGUAGCAAACGAUCUCCCUGAGCCCCUUGCAUCCCCCAUCAAGAGAGGGAGAUAGCUGCCCAGAGUAGCAAGCAGAUUCAAGAGUAGUGAGUAGACGUCUCCAAGCCUCCUGUAUGUGGUGCUCUGCUCACCGGCAAAGGGAGUGGCAACGGGGGUGGCGUGGGGAACCACACUGGGCAUGUGCAGCACUCAGCAUGCUCUCUCACUCUGCAGUCACUGAGGUGCUUCAGAGAAGAAAGCCACCACCUCUCCUGGCGAGCUACUGGCGAGAGCCAGUGUGGUGUAGUGGUUAAGAGCGGUAGUCUCGUAAUCUGGGGAACCAGGUUCGCGUCUCCGCUCCUCCACAUGCAGCUGCUGGGUGACCUUGGGCUAGUCACGCUUCUUUGAAGUCUCUCAGCCCCACUCACCUCACAGAGUGUUUGUUGUGGGGGAGGAAGGGAAAGGAGAUUGUGAGCCGCUUUGAGACUCUUGAAGAGGAGUGAAACGCGGGAUAUCAAGUCCAAACUCUUCUUCUUCUUCUUCUUCCUGGCAGCCCAGCUCCAAACUCUGCCAAUGAACUAGCAGGCCAAAUUCUUUAAUAAUGUCUCUCAGCAAGGGCUCAUGGAAACCUUGCACAGGGGAGUUGAAGCAACUCUGUCCAGUGCUGCCAUAGCCUCCAUUUCCAGCCAGCAAGCAUCGUAAGGGCACCCACUGGAUAAGUGCCCACCUUUUACCCUGUUAAUCUCUUCAGAACCCCUCACUAAUUUGGCAGCCUGGUAUCCCAAGGACCAGAGGCUUUGCUUGUAAAGCAAUGCUGUCAUUCACUGCGAAGGUAGGAUUGAGAGAUCUGUCAGAGUCAUUCAUAGAAUUUAAGGACCAGAAGCCCUUCUGUGGAUUUAGUGUUUAUUGUAGUUCAUACAUUUUUAAAGCAUUUCCCAAUAACUUCUUUUAAGGGAGAGGAGGAAGAGUUAAAUCUGAGAUUCUCAAGAGAGUUGAUUUCAUUGGAUUGCAUGUUCCCUUCUAUGAAAUUCCUGCAUAAAAUAUGUACAAUGCUGACCAUAAGGCAUGCAUAUGAAAGGCUAUUACCACUGGCUGGAAUCCAUCACAGCACUAAAUUUAUUGUUCUGUCAGCACAAGGAUUUCUGUUUGUGUGGAAAAGAGGGAAAGUCCUGUUGCACAAGUGGAAAUCCUUUUGCUGACAGGGAUGUGGCAGUUGAAUACCACCCAUUGUUUUGUUCUUCUUGAUACCUUGGAUCUAUACCAGCUCUUAAUAACAUUAAUAGGUUUCCUUAUGACACUUUGAUUUAUGUUGCCUACUCUUCCUCCCCCUGUGUAGCGCUACUCAGGCUGCGGAAUUGUCUACUGCAGGAAGAGAGAAGUAUGUGAACAAGUGGCUAUUGAACUUAGCUACAGAGGAGUCAACUCCAAGGCAUAUCAUGCAGGUAGAAAAAGCUGUGUUACUUUGAUUCGUAAGCAUUUUUUAAGUAUGCAAAAGAGUUCUUUAUUCUAGCCUCAGGGUCCAGUCAGUAUACUGUGGGUUGUAAAGCCCGGUCUUGACUUGUUUUUCUUUAAUAUGUUCUUUAGAAUGCAAAUUUAGUACCACACUGAUAUGAUCUUGCUGAAUAGAGUCCAUUCCAAAGCACAGGAGCCUUAUUAUCCUGCCAGAUCAUUGUGUCAGGGGUAAGAUUUCAGGUCGCUCAAAAUUCAGGGCCAGAGGGAGUGGCAAAGUCCUGCAUCUGUUCUGGACUGCACCUCUCUUCAGCAUGGCCAAUGGUUAGAUAUGAUGGGGGUUAUAAUCCAUAGCACCUGGGAGGCACUGGGUUUGGGGAGGCUGAUGUGUGUGAAUGAUUGCCAUACCCCAGCAUUCCUUUCUAUUCCUAGUUAACUUUAGCCCAGCUCCCUUUCUCCUAGUCCCUUUUCUCUAUGUGCUUUCUUAUUGUAAUUUCUCCUUUCCUGGACCUCCCCCAAACUUCUCCUGCUCCGGCUUGCUUUUCUUUGCCUCAUGAUUCUCCCACGCUUCCCUUCCUAGUCCUCCUGUUUCUUCUGCCAUUUCUGAAUGCUUAUCUCAAUCCACUACCUUCUUCCCUUUCCCCUUUUUAUUUGGCUUGCAACUGGAUGUUUGAAUUAAUGCCAAAAGUGUUGCUAAAUUGAGUGCUUCUGGUGUAUUGACUUUCCCUGAAGCCCUUUGCACUCAACUUUGCUUUAGUUUCCCCACACAUGAGUUCCAAGGGAAAACGUCUCAUAUUUGGCUUCUAAACCUGUUCUGUACUGCUUUUUCGAUGAUACUUCUUGUCAGUACUAGGUUGGGAUCACAGGCAGCUAUGCAAGGAACUGGAAUGUAUACUCUAACACAUGCUCCCUGCCAUCAGGAGCUGGGUCCUAGAGUGUCACAGGCUGUAGGUGCUGCUCUGUUGACCCAGUCAGGACUUCUAAUUCUUCUGCCUGGCCAAACUGGAAUCCUCAUUGCUUCCCUGCUAAUCACAGUGCUUUACGGACCACAUUUUUAUUCCCUUUUGUGUCUGAAGGAGGUUUGGGGAUCUGAGUACACAUAGUCUUGGGAGCUUAUGGAGUUAGACUCCAUCCUCAGACCAUGAAAAUUCUGUUUUAGGUCUUGGAUUCCCCUCACAUAUUCUGGCAAAACAGGAUAGGAGAAGUAGGCAGGUAGAUGGAUUCAAAGACAACUAGGGACUGAUAGGUUGGUGUGGUUUGCUCCUUGGUGAUGACGGUAAGAGCAGAGGUUCUUCCUGCUGGUAUCGCACUCUUGUCUUUUGCUUCUUCUCAGGACUGAAAGUAGCAGAUAGAACAUCGGUUCAGAAUGAAUGGAUGGAGGAGAAGGUUCCAGUUAUUGUUGCUACUAUCAGUUUUGGAAUGGGAGUUGACAAAGCUAAUGUCAGGUGUGUGAAGUCAUCCCAAAUGGGCGAUGCAUACUGAUUGUUCAAUAUACAUUUGCUCAACAUCUGGAAGAACCUGGUACCACUAUAUUUCCUUGCCUGUCCCUCUUAACAGAAGGGUGUAAUUACAGUGGUGCCUCGCAAGACGAAAUUAAUACGUUCCGCGAGUCUCUUCGUCUUGCGGUUUUUUCGUCUUGCGAAGCACGGCUAUUAGCGGCUAUUAGCGGCUAUUAACGGCUUAGCGGCUAUUAACGGCUUAGCGGCUUUAAGAAAAAGGAAACAAACUCGCAAGAACUCGCAAGAUGUUUCGUCUUGCGAAGUAAGCCCAUAGGGAAAUUUGUCUUACGAAGCGACUCAAAAAACGCAAAACCCUUUCGUCUAGCGAGUUUCUCGUCUUGCGAGGCAUUCGUCUUGCGGGGCACCACUGUAACAGCAAAAAUUGGGCUUCUCACAGAGUGGUCUCUCUUUUUUUGUAUGCUUAGGUUGGUCAGGGAUUUGUAUGCAGUUCUAGUUUUGUUCAGAUAGGGAUUUGAAAGUAAUAGCUUAAUUGUCUUACACCAUGCAGAUUUGUUGCACAUUGGAAUCUUGCACAAUCUAUAGCUGGGUAUUACCAGGAGUCCGGAAGGGCUGGGAGAGAUGGAAAGCCGUCCAGCUGUCGCCUCUAUUACUCGCGGGAUGACAGGGAUCAAAUCAGCUUCCUGAUCAAGAAGGAACUUGCUACGUUGCAGGUGAGAACCUUGUGUGACAUGGUUCAAUGCAGUUCACGUGCCUUAGCUAAUAGUCCUUUGAUUACAGUGAACUAUAUAUUAUGCUCUUGCAUUGAUGUAGUGUAAUUGUAUGUAAUUUUAAUUUUGUGAGGUCCUUUCACAUGCUAAUUAAGAGGAAGAUAUACAUUUUACUAAAUACGUGGCAGUAUAGAGACCUUUAGAUUUCCCUACUGUCACUUCAGAGGGGCUACGUAUGGAGUCAUUUGUUGCUGCAUUAGAGAAGUACUGGAGGCAACAUUAGGAUGAAAAAUAUAAUAUUAAGGUUUGGUUGCACGGAGGUGCACAAAAGGUGCACCUGAAAAGUUUGUGGUUUUACCUAUGUGUAGCACUCCUACAGAGUUGAAUGAAUAUUGGUUAUUGUGUCACAAUGCAACUAGAGGAAAGAGGCGUAGUUCUGAAAGAAAGCUUGCUUUUGAACACAGUGUUUCUAAAAAUAAGUGGUUUUGCUUAUUUGUUUUUACCUUUCUUCAGGAAAAGCGAGGCUCCAGAUGGAAAGACUCCAGUAAAGCUAUGUUGAAAGACUUUGAUGCUAUGGUGGCCUUCUCUGAAGAACUGGGGUAGGUUUAUCCUAAUAGUUGAUGGAUUGGAGAAACAUAUAUUUGUUUCCUAGUGGUUGGAAUCUUGAGGGCUUUGCUUUUUAUGACGUGGAAAUGCAGCGUGAUAGACUGAUCUCAUAAUGGAGGUUUAUAUGUAUGUGGUAGCACAAAUGGCCCAUGUUGUAUUAUGUUUAUCAGAUUUCUGCUAAAGGUUUCUGGUAGGAAAUUUCUGGUAGGAAUGUUUACCAGAUUUCUGGUAGGAAAUCUAUUCUACAUAUUACUGUAUUUUUGGAACCUCUUACUAGUUUUAACUUCUUUGAAAAGAAAGGCAAUAUGAAACCUAAUGGCUUGAUGUAGAAAUAAUUUUAAUUGAAUAUUGUUUAGUCAUGAAUCUGCCUCCUGUGAUGUAUGGUGGUCCAUUGGUUGUGAAACUUUGCAUAGAAGUUUGGAAUGGUCAGCCCUUUAGAGAGUUGGAUAUUUUGGAUGGAAUUCAUUGCAGUACUAUUAUGGUCGUUCCAUGAGUGCAAGCUUUCCUGCUUGCCAAACGGAACAAUUUCCUCUCUCCCAUCCCUGUGCACUCUUCUGGGGUUUCUCCUAACCUCCCAAAGAGAUAUGGGGAGGGCGGGGAGUCUAACUGCAUUGGUUCCUGUUAGCGAAACUAUUUAGUUGACUGCAGCCUGUUGGGUUUCUAUUCCUCUCACAGUGCAGAUAUUGUGUAGGAUUGGUUCAUCACAUGUCUGUGUUAUGCAUUCCAGCACCAACUGUUGGAAUCAUGGGAGCGGAUGUUUACUGUACUCUGCUUCCAUUUGUUUUUGCUUUCACUUCUGACUUCUCUCUGAGGAAGACCAGAGAGAGGAGACAUGUUUUCUUUUGUUCUGCCUUAUGCUUAAUAAAGUAGCUUAGUGCUUACAACCCCAGCCUAGCUCUGACUGCGUUUGAUCUCUGCUGGACUCUGGAUGUGUGCUCAGUGUCUCCAAGGCAUGAGUCACUCUAAAUUGUCGGGGAAGGCUGUCAGAACUCCCUAGAGCUGCAUGCUGAUGGGAGGGACAGGCUGGAAACGUUCCUGUCAUUUGCCUGGGGGUCAUCCAUGCCCGUGGCCGACCCGACACAGUUCAAUAUGCACAUGUCCAGCAGGGGUCCCUAAUUACAGACAAGUAACCACUACACAAAUUGCAACCUGUACUAAAUUGAGAACUCUGUACUUGAAACAAAAUGCUAUGCUGAAGCUGUCGCUGGCUUAUUUUUGGAGAGAAAAGAGUGAUAUAUAUUUAGCUAAGUAGGCAAAUGUAGAUAUGCCCAUAAUCUAACGCAGAUACCCUACUACAGGUAUGGUCAUACGGUAGGAGCAAAUAAAAAUGCUUGACAGCUUUCUUAUGAUGCAGACUGCUAUUGCGUUAACUUGCUAUUAAAAUAGAAUAAGGGGACAGGUAGAAGGCCAUAGUUCCUUAUUUUGAUUUUCUUAUCCUGUAUAACUGUAAUCUCUUGGUUCCAUAGUCUGAAUCUCGUAAUGUGAAUUUAGCGGGGUUCAAACCCAUAGCUCUGAAACCCAUAGUCUGAUGCUCUACCAACAGAGCUAUUCCAGCAUAGAAUAUGUAUUCCGUAAUUUUGAAGACAAAUUGGUCAGGCAUUCUAAAGUAAGGUUACCUUUUUUGACUUAUGCAUGGUCUAAAACAGGGUGUUGAAGCACCCGGCGGCACUCAACAACAUUUGAUGCCCCCCCUCAAGCUGGGUAAGUGAGGUGUUGGGCUUUGGGAAGACAGCGUGAGGGUUGGCGGGGUGUCAAAAUUUGGCCUCACUCCCACCCCACCCCACUCCACCCCGUGCAACAAGGCAGGGGGCGGCCCAUGUGUUCCAUGGCAGAGUAUGAUAUGAGAAUUUGGACGUCCCUGGUCUAAAAUUUUGAAAUAAUUGUGUUUUGGUUGAAACAAAAUAUCCCUAAACUAUUUAAGACAAGUAGUUUAUAAUAUAAUCCUUGAGUUCAGUUCUUAUAGUUUUCGGUGUUGGCUGCCUGAAUUCAUAUGAAAGUGCUGGAUGAUUAUAGCUACUGUUUUCCCUUUCUACUGUUGCUUCAAGGUCGCUCCUCCAAACCUUGAGAUAUUCUAGCUGUUUAGGGUUCAUGUGCUGAUAUUACAUUGCUAAGUAGCCAAUCAGAUUUGGUUAGGUCAGGCAUAGGCAAACUCAGCCCUCCAGAUAUUUUGGGACUACAAUUCCCAUCAUCCCUGACCACUGGUCCUGUUAGCUAGGGAUGAUGGGAGUUGUAGUCCCAAAACAUCUGGACGAUUGAGUUUGCCUAUGCCUGGGUGGGCUAUGUGCUAAACUCUCUAGUGACAGAAGAAUCUCAUUUAGAGAGAGCAAUGUGUUCUAUACUGGUCAUCCUUUCUAUUCAAGAAUUACUAACAAGCAAAGUGAUUUUUCAACCCUUUUGAAGCAGCCUGAAAUAUCUAUAAAAGAAAGAGGAUCAUCAAUUAUAUUGAAGAUUUUAAUGAAAUGGGCAUUAUUCCUCCACCCUUUGGCUCAGCUCUAUCAGCCAGCUGCCUUUGGAAGAUUAUGGAAAUAAAAUAAGAAUUGGGGGAAGGGAUUCAUGUGGAUGCAUUUUAAAAAUACAGCUCAUUUAGUCUCAUUUAGUUUCACUAUUGAUUAGGUUAUCUAUACUUAUACCGGUUGCAAAAGAAGAAAGACAAAUGUACAAUUUCAAGGAAAACUGAACAUUCUUUGAAUUUUCAAAUUCUUACAUGUCAGCUAUUUCUUAAACAAUUUUUUGUCGCUUCCUUUGCUAGAAGUAGUUAGUUGUAAAUCAGACCUGCUCAGGCACAUGCUUCUUUAAUGCUGAUUUCAUUUGGUGUCAGGCCUCGUGUGGAAAGCUGGUUGUGUACCUUUGAACAGUGCCAAAUUUCCUCUGUAGUAUGUUCACUUGUACAUGUGAAACAGGGGUGUCAAGAAGCAACAAUACUUCCCCCUUCUUGGUCCCACUUCAGCAUUCUUCAGAUUCCGCAGACAAGGCUGCUCUUGCUGUUUUAUAUGGGGCCAGAUUUAUUCCUUGGAGUUGAGCAGCAGCCAAAGAUGGCAGCAAACAACAGGAGUGCAAUGAUAACCAUGACAAAAGAAGCUAUUACUACCAGUCCCCCAAGAGCCCAGUCAUCUGACAGAAUCCGAAUUUUCAGAUGUUUUAGAAUGUCUUGAGAAGCAGUUUGUAUUGAAGUGGACAUCGUUGCCAGGCCCUGGAGAAUUAAAACAAUAUGUGCAUUUAAUACAUAGACCACUGGAAUAGGAGCAGCAUCGCUAGGACAGUGUCAGCUUCUAUUGGGAGCAGAGGUGCCUGGUCCCCUUAGCUACUCUUUUAGAAGGCUUCAGGGGCCUUGUUUGGCCAAAUUUCCAUGAGUCAGGGUUGGUGGGUUUUAUUAAGGGCUCCCCUGUAUUUGAAUAUGCUUACCAGAGGUUAAGGUGUCUAGGAAAAGAAAAAUACUUUUGCCUAGCACGGAGAGAUUCAAGUUUCAACUUGUUGUAUAUUGCUGCUAUUGUCUUCUGAGAGAUACAGAAACACACAUUCUUUACGUUGUAGAAACAUAAUUGACUUUUACAUCAAUUCACAGAUACAGGAGUUAGUCACCAUAAAUAUAUAUAGAAGUUAGCAAGGUUAUUUUCAAUUGUUUGCUCAUUCUGCACCUUGCUGCAUUUGCAGCUACUCCUGCUGAUUCUGCUGCUGUUAACAGCUGGGUGCCGUUACUGGAAAUCCUCAACUUCCAUUGCAUUCUGUACAUAAAAAGAUGCUGAAACAGAAAAGGCCCUGACAUAGGAUUGGACUAGAUGACCCUCAGGUUCCCUUCCAGCUCUACAAUUCUAUGAUUCUAGCUAAAGUGUCGUUCCAUUUAAGUGGAGGGGGUUUACUUUAAUACGGAUGUGUAUGCCGCGAAAUCUAGGCGUCUGCUCAAAUAACAUUUUCAAAAAUUUGAGUCUUAAGUCACCAGAAAUAGAAGUGAAUUCAAGGCUUGCAUUCCACAUUAAGAGUGUUCAGACCUGUUAUCUGUAAACAGAUCUGCAGAACUUGCUGCCCCACUCUAUAAUGCAGCUGGCACUAGAAAAAUGUUGAAAUGAAGUAAAGAAAUUAAUAGAGGAUAGAAGCAGCACUCCACUCCUUCUUUGAGUUCCUGCACUUUUACCCUAUCACAUCCAGAAAUGGUUUCUACUGAAGGCAGACUGGAUGGACUUUUCUCCCCACCUCGCUUGGCUGUCAUUAUUGUUAAUUUCUUGUGACCAAAUGGUGGUGCUAAACAGAAUUGCCCUUUACCUCCUUGCAAAUUUCUAUACAGUUCCUUUCUUUUUGGAGCUCACCAUGAAAUUUCACAUAUUAGCACAGGCAAACUCGGCCCUCCAGAUGUUUUGAGACUACAAUUCCCAUCAUCCCUGACCACUGAUCCUGUUAGCUAGGGAUGAUGGGAGUUGUAGUCCCAAAACAUCUGGAGGGCCAAGUUUGCCUAUGCCUGUAUUAGCAUUUCAGUUGAUGACAUACAUCCAUUCAAAAAGACUUGCAUCCUGCAAAGUGUCAAAUGCUUCAUAUGUUACGGGUUUUUGUUUGUUUGUUUGUUCUUAGAGAUUCCAAUAGAAAGUCCCAAAGCAACUGUGGCUGAAAUAAAUAUCUCACCCACUUAAAAGCCUCUUAGAAUUGUAGAAGACUGAUCUCUCCAAUCACCUUUCAGAUUGGAGUGCUUACAGGCCUAUUGUUGUGACAUCUAAAUGCAACCUGACAUCUCUUUGGAAGCAGCUUGUACUUUUAAUUCCCCUGCUACGUUCUGUUCUCAUUGAAAAGGGCAUGUGGAUUAUUCCCUCGCUUCACAUUUGCUGCUGUGCAGAAAGAUUGGAGUAAUUGGAGAGCAGAAAGAAUGAAACAUCAGCUAAAUUUCACUGCAUUUGUAUCAUUGCUUUCUGGGUUUUUGUUGUUUUCUCUCUUUUUGCCUACAUGCUGCAUGAAACGAGGGAUUAAGGGGGAAUGUAACAUUUCUCCCACACAAAGCCAUGCUCAGUUUGAAUCUCUCAGGCACGCUCCAGUUGUCUGCACCACAGCAAAAAUAUUUGGAUAAUGCUUCCUUGUUGGAAUAAAAACAGUUUGCUUUAGCAAGGUCAUAUAUGUGUACAGCCAGAUUAAUAAAAGUAGAAACAGCAAUGGGCUUUGUGCAAAUUUCAUCUGUAAUCUGGAGGACCCUUAGUGACCCUUAAACCAUUUCCCAUAGAAUGACGGAAGUAAUUGUGGCACAAGAAUAACUUAAUAAUUGUGGCAGUCUGUUCAGAGCGAACAGAUCACUACAGAUGAUUCUAGUAAAUUUUUGAAAAGUAGGAAUAGAGAAGAACACUCUGCUCACCUUAAGCUGUAUGUAGUUGCCUUUUUAGAACCUGUCGGCUGGGAAGACCUCCUUAAUUGUGCAAAGAGAAAGUGUGUAAUGUCUAAUAUCUGUUUGUACUUUAGCAAAUUAUUAACACAGCCAGGAGAGGGUGAGGCUUAUCUGAAAGCCUGAAUUAUACAAUCAGGCUUCAUUUUAUCCAUGUUGUACUAUUAUUGAUUGAGCCACCUCCAAAGCUCAGUAAUAUUUGCUUAGUUGGCGAAGGCACAUGGGAGAACAUGCAGGCUAAAACUGUUUCUUCUUUCUGGUCUUUGACCAUACUUAACUAAUUUUACUGGGCAGGAUCCUUACUGGCGGGAACCCCCAGAACAUUUUCGGGGGCUCGUGGAGGGAGGAAAGUCAGGAAAGUCUUGUUCCUCAAGUGGAACUUGUUUCGUGCAGCAUUCUCCACUUAGUUCUAUGUUGAAUCCCACCUGCUGUGUGUUACAAAGGUCCCACAACUGAGCUUGAUCCAGCAAUUGUGUGGAAGCAGGUAGAUCUGUCACAAAAGACUAGCAGGAGCAACAUAGGGAAUUAAUUGCCUUCUGCAGGUUUGUAAUGAUUAAAUGUUUACCCUUUCAAAAAUGAAGGUAUGCAUUAAAGUUCAUUAUUUAGGCUGGGAUCUCAUGCUUGUUUACCUGUGGGUAACUCCAGUUGAACUUAACAAGUAGUUGUGAAUAAGAGUACACCGUAAGACUUGCAGAAUUCUGUGAGAUCCUUCACUUUUUUUUUAUUGGUUUCAAUUCAUUUUGUAACAUCAUACAAACAAACAAAAACAUACAUAACACAUUCACACCAAAAAAGAAAAAAAAGUACAUAAAAAAAUUAAAAUGGACAUAAUUCUUUGUUCGCUUCUGGUGGUGCAUGGUCGUGGUCUUGAUGACUUGGGCAAAUCUGAUCUUUUGAAUAAGUGCAUCUCCUAAAUGUAGGGGCUUUGCUAUAGAUGACAUAUCUUUUAGGAAUGACACCUGUGCAGUUCAUUGCAUUGUGGCAAUAAUCCUCCCCCUUUUGCACGUGGUUGGUUCCAUUCCUUUUGCCUUGUACGCAUGUAACUCUUUUGAAGUUCAUUGGAGUGUAAACCAAAUCUCCACAAGGUCUGCCUUUGUGGAAAUGGAUUUCCUUUCAGUUGCAAACUGUAGCUGGGCAGCUCAUUCUUGGCUGUGCUUUAGCUUGCCCAGCUGCUGCACACAUUUCCUGAAAUAAGCCAGCCCUUGCUGUAUCUUAUUAGCUCUGUGUACAAGCACACUUUAAACUACAGAGACCAAUGAAUGGAUUGAAGAAUUUAACCUUUUUUAUUAUGUUCUUUCCACAAAUAACUCUAAAGUAACACUCUAAAAUGUCCCUCUUUUUGUAAACUCUCCCAGUAAACUGCCUUAAAUAAGAUAUAUUAAUGCCACAAAUAUAAACUAUUCAUAUCACAUAUAUUUAAGAGAAUGCAUUUAACUACAAACCCCAAACAUAUAAACAAUAUGUUGUUCCCCUUUCACCGUACUAAAGAACUGCCUUGUAACAUGGAAACAAGGCAGGCUUUUUGAAUGAGAAAGAAAACACUCAAAUAUGUAAUAAUAUUUUGAAAGAGGAAAACAUUCACUUUAAGGCAGGCAAGCAAAACGACAUAGUGUUUUGGUAGCUCGGCAUCCUUUUGUUUUCAUCCUUUCACAGAAGACGGCUCGUUGUGUGUUUGCUCUCUUUGGCAGUUUUCCUUCCUUAAUGGAGGCAGUGAGGGAUGGGGGGGGGGGGAGUUGUUACUGGUGGUGUUCUUCACAGUCUCUGAAACCAUAUGCCAACUGCAAUGUUCCAUCACCUUGAUCAGACAUCACGUGCUCUUGUAUUCUUGACACAACAAUGAACCAAAAACUAAACCCUGUGUGUUGUGAUUGGUUUUUAAAAGAUUCAGAGACAGUGAAGAAGAGCAUCAGUAAUAACUCCCCCCCCCCCAUCCCUCACUGCCUCCAUUAAGGAAAGAAAACUGCCAAAGAGAGCAAACGGACAACGAGCCAUCUUCUGUGAAAGGAUGAAAUUGUUUGUAUUGUUGUGCUUGUGUUCUUGGCUGCAGACAGUUGGACAUCGAGGAGGAAACACUGCUUAUGUUGUCGUUUGUUCUGCUGAGCCAUUGCACGUGGCUCGAAGUUCAGUGGAAACUGCUUGUAUUCAACAUCUUCCUGGAACUCCACCAGGUGGAGAAGUCUAAACAGUCUUAAUCCUGGCUAGUUUGCUUGUGGCAUUUUUGCACACUUUUAUGGAUUAACUGACUCAGCCAUGAUGGAGUUGUCUUCGUCUUGAUAGUAAACUGUCUGCAAAGGGGCAGGGAGAGAAAUACUGAGCUCCAUCACUUCAUCAGUGCCCUACAGUGACCAUGGCAUAAGACCCUAGGCAGGGCGAGGUCUCUUUCUCGCUUCUCUUCCUUAGUGCUCUCAUCUACUAUCUUGUAGAAGAGUAUUGUGGUGCCAGCUGGUAGCAGUCUGCACACAUUCCUCAGUACAUCCACACCCUUUUCUUAAUGCAUUCUCAUACACAGUCUGCCGGCCGAACUUGGAUCCUCCUAGGCUUGUGAACAGGUGUUCCAUUACAGCAGCGGGCACAGCAAACACUGCAAGCUAUGAUCAUCAUUGAAAGUACCGUAACUGAAAGGCAGAGAGAGAGAGAGAGAGAGAGAGAGAGAGAGAGAGAAUAUUAGCUUCUGGAAUUGCUAGCCAGGAGUUAGAACAACCCAACCUGCUAAUACAAUGAAUAGGCUCACCAGAAAGGGACAGUUGUGGCUUUUACAUUUGUCUUGUGUCCUCUGGAAUUACUAGAGGGCGCAAGAGUUGCUAACAACAAGAGCUCUAGAACAAGCCCAAACUAUGCUCGUUGUUUUUAAUUGUUUUGCUUUUGGCACCUACAAAAAAAAAAAAGUAACCUUCGCUUUUCUGCUCUCCCAGCUGCGCUCAGGCUUGGAGUGGAGAGUAGGCAGUCAUGAUCACUGUCAAGGUAAUGGGUUCCUAGAAAAUACAGGCAGGGGGAGGGAGUGAAAGGAAGAAGCAGCUGGUUCUCUGAGGCCUGGGAAGUGGAAUGGAUAAAGGACAUAAACAACACUUGGGCUGUAGUGGAGACUGGGAAAGGAAAUUCUUGUAAUGGGUUGGGGAAGGAUUUUGCAUGGCUUUCAAACUUACGAACAUUAACCCACUCUGCUGAACAAUGACUAUUACUACUAAUGGCUUUUGUCUAUAUGGCAAAAGAGCACAAAGUGUGGGGUUGUGUUCCCUGUUCCUUUUACAUCAUGCCAACGCUAGAGUGGCACUGAGCGCUGGAACUGGGAAUCUCUGGAUUCAAGUCAUACACCUCUCUCAUGAACUUGUUGUGAGGCCUUGUACAAGCCACUGUUUAGCACCUCAGCGAGACAGAAAUAAUACUGACAGUUCUCAAAGGAUGGUGUGAGUUGCACAAUGAUUAUAAACCCCAUUGCAAAUCAAACAGAAUAUGAGUGGUAGUAGCUGUUCUUAAAGGUACAGCUGAUUUCUAAUGUAAGGAACUGGAGUACCAGCAGGUGAAGGGCAAAGGAAAUAAUCUUCAACAUGUUUAGUCAAAAAGCUUUAGUUCAGGCUAGCCCAGAGUUAUAGCUGAAAGAAGGCUAGGCACAUCUGGCUCUUUCCCAAUUCCAACAAGGGGAGGAUUUGUUGCAGUACACAAGCAGGCUUUUCUUCUUUGGAAUUCAACAGAAGAAAACAUUAUACAGUUGCUUUUAUAUCUACCAGCUUUCUUCGGUAUCUAUGGUUGUUAAUUACUCCGUCACUUGUUUUAGGAACUGCUCCAUGCCACCUGGUGUAUCUUUGGACACAUGCAUGUUAAUCACUUGAUGACUUUCAUAUUUGAAAUCUAUCACAGACAGAGCUUUCAUACUGCUUUGGAUAUGGUGCUUUGCAAUGGAUAUGCACACUUCAUACAUUCAUCUGAGAAUGCAAGUGAGGAGAAGUUAUGUGUGAAUUGGCCCUCAUUCUCUUUAUGCUGGGAGAUUCCGCUGUUAGCUCUAAACUGUACAUGCUACCUCCUGCAUAAUCUUGUAGUAAAAGGUAAAGAUAAAGGGACCCCUGACCAUUAGGUCCAGUCGUGACCGACUCUGGGGUUGCGGCGCUCAUCUCACUUUAUUGGCCGAGGGAGCCGGCGUACAGCUUCAAGGUCAUGUGGCCAGCAUGACUAAGCCGCUUCUGGAGAACCAGAGCAGCGCACGGAAACACUGUUUACCUUCCCGCUGGAGCGGUACCUAUUUAUCUACUUGCACUUUGAUGUGCUUUCGAACUGCUAGGUUGGCAGGAGCAGGGACCGAGCAACGGGAGCUCACUCCGUCACGGGGAUUCGAACCGCCGACCUUCAGAUCUGCAAGUCCUAGGCUCUGUGGUUUAACCCACAGCGCCACCCGCAUCCCGAAUCUUGUAGUAUGGUAGCCCAAAGCAACACUACCAUUUGACCCAGAGUUAACUAUUUCUGUAAAUGUUGGCUCCCAUGCCAUUCAUAUGAUAAAGUUCAGAUUGAAACUUUAAGUGCUAUAGAACCUAGGGGCUGGCUGCCAGUCCUGAUUCUGCCACACAAAUAUUCACAUAUAUAAACAGCAUUUAUAUUGUAUGGUGAAACUUAGCAGCGUAGAUCUGCACUGAAUUCUUACAAACAGGUUUACUUCAAGCCUGUCCUGAGCAUCACAAUUGCUGAGGAGUCAGAAACCAUGUAGAUUAAAGAAAGGCUCAAAAAAAGAAUACAUUAUUCAUAGCUCCUGAAUGACAAAAUAGACCCAUCUGAUGAGCCCAGAAAGUUGCAAGCAUGAUUCAUACUUACCAAUGAACAAGAUGAUGAUGAAAAAGAACACAAUCUCCAAAGGUUCAGCCUUGGAUAGUCCCUCGAGCUUGAGCCAUAGCUUGCUACCAAGAGCAUAGAGUUCAUUCUGAAAUUCCUUGAAAGACAUCCUGCUUGGGUUAACCCACGUUUUGUAACACUGGGGGACAGGACGGGGGGUGGGGUGGGAAGAACAAAAGAGAGAAUUUGUCAGAGUUUCUACUGUUAACUUUCAUAAACUGAACACCAACAAGGAACUGCCUUUUCUGUGGUGCUAACUAAAUUGAGAUCACCAGCAAAACAAGUUUAGCAGGGCUCUGCCCUUGAUUUUCUAGUCAUGUGCACAGCAGUUCAGAAGGAGGCUUAUUAGACACAUCCAAACAGAACGUACAUUCAAGCCAAUCAGAAAUUGAUUUCCCUAAUUCUGACUCUCAUUAUUUCAGAGGUUACAGCAAUAAUCUUGCUCUUCUUCCUGAAGAAUUUCUUCCUCCACAGAAAUAUUUGCCCAUGUCUGGUAUUUAUUUAAAAUAUGUAUAUCCCAUCUUUCCACAGGGCAGACUACAAGUGUGUGUGUGUGUGUGUGUGUGUGUGUGUGUGUGUGUGUGUAAAUAAGUAAAUAAGCCUUCUGCACAGACUUGUUCAUAACUAUUUUGUCCAUAAUAAUUAAAGUUUAUAGCAAAGUUUUUUUGAUCUUCCAUCAAAGAAGAAGCGGCUUAUGUCUCUACUCCUUUCACCUUCAGAAGAAAGUGCCUGGGUUCCACAUGAAGUGCAUAAUGCUGUAGCAUUCCGUAUUCUCAGUUCUAUUCCACUGAGAAUCAUUUUCUUUUGUUCUAGAGCCGCUUGGACACCGGCUGCUUUGUUAUGUGUUCUAAAAGGUCUAACACAGGGGUCAGAAAACUUUUUCAGCAGGGGGCCGGUCCACUGUCCCUAAGACCUUAUGGGGGGCCAGACUAUUUUUGGGGGGGGGGGAUGAACGAAUUCCUGUGCCCCACAAAUAACCCAGAGAUACAUUUUAAAGCAAAGCACACAUUCUACUCAUGUAAAAACACGCUGAUUCCCAGACCAUCCGCAGACCGGAUUUAGAAGGCAAUUGGGCCACAUCCAGCCCCCGGCCUUAGUUUGCCUACCCAUGGUCUAACAUCUAAGAAUGAUAAUACAGUAAAUUUCCUCCCAUUUAAACGUAACUCAGGCAUACUCUGUGCAUUAUCUUCACAGUGUGCCUUAAUCUGGAGUUUAUUCCUGGAGAAGUUUCGAACACUGCAGCUAUUAAAUAAGAAUGUGUAUUUAAUUGGGUGGGAUCAGUCCCCUUUCUAUUCUUUCGUAGCCUAUCAUGCGCGUAAACAAAGCAUUAAUAAAUAAAAAAAGUUAAAUGUCGAUUUUUGGGUUUCCAACCCUCAUGUUAACAGUGUGCAGAAAUACAUGGUCUUUUCUCUUCUUGGUUGAAGCAGCUAAUUAAUUUGUUUAAAACCUUGAGAGCUUCUGGGCCUUAUUGUCAGCAGCCACAUAACAUACAUCCAGGGUUUGGGGUUUGAAACCUCAUUGCAGUGCUGUUGCAAGAGCUAGGCCUUCAGGGUUUGGUGUGAAGUUGAACAUUCCAUGGGUGUGCCAAUGCCUGGAUUAGGAAAGAGAUUUGGCCCAUGAAAGGGAGUUUAAAUCUUGGGAGUUUUUUUAGUUUGCUUGCAUGACUGCAGGUAAAUGAUGCCUUAUCUCAAAAUACAAGUGGGUUUAUACAGUGGUACCUCUAGUUGUGGACAUGAUCCGUUCCGGGGUGCCAUUCACACCCUGAAAAGUCUGCAGCUAGAGCUGCGCCUCUGCACACGCGUGGAGCGCGAUAGAACGCUUUUGCACAUACGCGUGCGGCGAAACCUGGAAGUAUACAUUUCCGGGUUUGCUGCGUCUGCAACCCAAAAAGCUGCAACGUGAAGCAAACGCAACAAGAGGUAUGACUGUAGUUGGAAAUAGAUAUUUGUACUAAAAGCUCAAUAAUCCUUUCAUUUAACAACUUUACCUUCAUGUGACUUUCUGAACUCCCCUUCUGCAAGUGAAGGAAAACAAUGUGACUAAAGCUGUAGGACAAGAUAGCUAUUAAAGAGCUUGAAAAGGCAAUGCAACACAGCAGGGUAGCCACUGAUGUUCAGCUGCCUGUUUUAUCUUACCAUUCCAUACAUCAUGGCACUAGAUAAGCUCUGCUGGCUGUCUUGCUGAUGUUUAAGAUUAAAGUAGUGGCCAGAAAACAUUCCUGUUGGUUUUCUGCUUUUUAAUGUGGAUUUGUUAUGCAACGCCUAUUGAAUAUUGUGAAAAUUGCCACUAUCGGGGCACUAAUUCAACACACCAUUUUGUACAUACUGACUGAGGAUGGCCUUGUGCUUGAAGUACAUAAUUAUUCGAACAGCUGUGAAUUCUGCAUGUUCUGCAUGAACUUUACCUUUGGGUGGUUCUAGAAACAUGUCAUAAUCCUAUAGGGCCUUCAUUUUCAUGUGUCUUCCUAAGCAGAAGUAAUGGGAGGUGUUGCUAAGCAUUCAUAAAGCAGGUUGCAUAAAGAUUGACUAAAUGAACAGUUUCACCUGUAAAAAUCCCAUCAUUUAAUACAGCAGCAGCUAACCCAAAUAUAAAAGCAGCAUUGCCAAAAAAGUGUAAAGGACAAAUGGACACAAAAUCCUUUUGGCAUCACAGUUCUGUUUACAUUUUCUUUUCUUUUUCUUCCUUUUUAAAAAUGUUGUUUGAAGAGACAAAUAGGGGCGCCACUUGGAGACCCACAGAAAACCUCUGCAUGCUGGCAUCGCAGUGGUGGAACCAUAGGAGUAGUAUAAGUAAAUAUUGGGUAUCUUGGGAGCUACAAAAAACUCUGUGCGGGGGGAGGGGGAUAAAGCUUGUGCAUUAUCUCCCUUGACUUAAGAGAAUGCCUGUUCAUCAUAUGCCUUCUCCAGUUUAGCUCUUGCCUUUUCCUUGUUCAGAAUGGUCUUGCCCAGGCUGUUCCUCUGAAUAAUCUCCUCCCCACCCAAAUCCUAUAGCACAAGGAUGGGUACCUGUGGGCCUUCAGAUAUUGCUGGACUACAGCUCGCAUCAUCCUUGCCUUUGCUAGCUGGAGCUGAUAGGAGUUGGGGUCCAACAGCAUCCGGAGGGCCAGAUGUUCCCCAUCCCUGCUAUAUAACACUUGAGCUCUUGUGAAAGCUUGUUACAGUUCAGAGCAGUGUCAGCAUUUAGGUAUAGCAGUGGAUGCAUACCUGCCUUUCCUGUAUGCAGCUCUGUCAGCUGGUGAUGAAUUGCAGAUGGCUAAAUAUAGGCAUUCUUGGGUAUUAAAUGCUUUGUUAGACUGCUUCCAUCUGAGUCCUGACUGCAUAGCAGACACCUUCCUCUAAGGAAAAAGCUCUGCAGAAGGAAAUUCUUAUCACUUUCCCCAGGAGAUAUGUUCUGUGGCAGGAGACCACUGGCACUUGACAGCUGUUGAACUGCUUUGGAUGGGCUGUGUUUGUGCCCAUUAAUAGUCAGGCUCAUAGCUGCUCUGCCUCCAUUUCCACACGGUCCUGCCUGAAGUAGUUUUGAGAUCCAGUCGCUGAAUUUUAAAUUGCAUGUUCGAGAUAUUCAGUAACUGUUUUCCAACUUAGUAAGAAUAUACGAGUUAUCAUGAAGACAGGAACAAUCCUAACCUCCCAGUGGUCUCACACACUUGUGCUUCAGAUUGCAGUUAACAUCAGCUUAUUGUGUCUGAACCUGACAAACUGUGGUUAACUAUGGUUUGUUGGAAACAUGCAAGUUCAAACUGUGGUUUAUGAAACUGGCUUGCUUUGACAAAGUGAACCAGAGGUUAGAGUUCAGACAUCAUGCGAAACUCUGGUUAAUUGAAAUCUGAAGUGAACAUCUAAUCUCACAGCUGUACCUGUGGGGAGGCAGGCGCUCCCAUUCAACAGCAGGGAGACUGGGCUUAUUCCCUUCACAAUCAACCAUUUUUUGUGUGACAUCUGAAUAACAUUAUUUUCAGGCCCAUAGGAAAUCAAUGGCUGGUUGAGUAGAUAGUUUGCAUUUUUUGUAAGCCUACUGUAAGGAGUGAGCAAAGCAGACUAGUUACAUGCCAAAUAAAUUCAGUUUGUGGCACCAGACACAUUAAAUACUAACAAAUUUAUUAUGGCAAAGCUUUUGUGGACCAGAGUACAUUUCAUCAGACGAUCAGAUCAUUUCAUCUCACAAAGUAGGCUCUGGUCUUUGAGAACUUAUGUCAUAAUAUAUAUGUUUUUAGUCUUUAAGGUGCCUGGUGCCACAGGAUUCUCUUGUUUUUGCUGCAACAGACAAACACGGCCACUUCUCUGAAAAUUAAUAAUUCAGCUUUGUGCUUUCAGGCUUGACAAAUGAGACUAAAUGGUAUUUAUGACUUGUGUCUGUCUCUUAGUGGAGGUUGAAUACUGGAAGUAAUUGUUGGUUUGACGGUUCUGUGCAAAACCAGACUUUCUUGCAGGCAAACAAGUAUGUUGGAAACACACUAAUGAGAAUAUUAUGUUGCUGAACACUCUUUCUAUCCCCAGACUGAUGUACCAAGACUACCAACUAAUAUUCAGUCACUGUUCACAGUGUCUGUUAAAAUACCACAGCUAUGAUUCACUGGACAAAAUGUUGAUUCUGGCCCCAAGUGAACUGGAUAUAAAUAUCCACAGUUUACCCAUGAAGCUGUGGAGAAGAGCCCCAAUCCAUAAAAUGUAAAGAAUGGUGACCAAAGGCAUUUGUGAUACAGGAGAUCUGUAAAGCGCUUCUUAUGGAGCUUUUAACUACACCUUUUGAUGGGACAUGUAGAACAUCCAUCUGUAAACCAUAAUAGAGCUUCCAGAUUUAGAAUUGGAACACCAGUCUAUCAUUUCUCUGUACUUUGAGAAAAUAGUUGGUUAUUUGGCUUUCAAACCUCAUCCACAUGGCAGAGAGCCAUGGUUUACCUUCAAAUUAAGCAGAUGUUUGCUCUGCAAGCAUUGACGGUUGCAUGUCAUUAAAGCUAGUGUGGCACUCUGUACAUCUCUUUGAAGGUUUGUCUUUGGUUUUGUGACCUGGCAUGUGUGUGUCCUGUGAAAUGGGACUCUGUUGAAAGGAAUUAGCAUUAAUCGUUGCAGAGAAACAAACCUCUCAAACGAUGAUCAUGGAGUGAUCCAAGUUGGAUAAUUCCAGUAAUUUCUUUUCCCCAAAGGCAGAUGUUCCUUCCUCUAAACCACCAGUUUAUUCCAACUUUAUUUACAAUAAAAAUGAUUAAUAUUUAGGUCUUACAGAGGCCUAACGGAAACAUAGGGAAAUGUUCCUUUUUACAUGAUGCUUGGGGAAGCAAGAUGUUUUGGUACUAUGUUUAUAUAGUCAGUUUUUGCAGGAAAAUUUUCCAGUUGUAUUCAUGUGCAGAUUAUCUCAUUAGCUGCAUGUUCUUCCAAAUGUGCCUCCGUGAGGCCUCCAACAGCAUUUUCAGGGUGCAAUACAGUGGUACCUCUGGUUACGUACUUAAUUCAUUCCGGAGGUCUGUUCUUAACCUGAAACUGUUCUUAACCUGAAGCACCACUUUAGCUAAUGGGUCCUCCCGCUGCUGCUGCGCCGCCGCGCGAUUUCUGUUCUCAUCCUGAAGCAAAGUUCUUAACCCGAGGUACUAUUUCUGGGUUAGCGGAGUCUGUAACCUGAAGUGUAUGUAAUCCGAGGUACCAAUGUGCAAAACUUGCUUUAUCAAAGCCUGUGCACACGCUGGAUAUGUUUUUUUAACAACUUGCAUAAAGACACAGUGGUUCCCACGUGACCUGCCUUUCUAAUAUGACCUGUACCACCUCACCUACUUACUGAAACUGAUGGUGGCCAGCAGAAUUGAGCUGGAAAUGCAAGGACAAACAAAUAGGUUGAAACAGGCCAUUUAAUCGAACUUGCCUGCCAAUAAGUGGUUUGUGAAUAGCACAAAAAUCCACCAGAACGGUGUGGGGAAACAAAUAGAACCAAGUUAAAAACAAAAUUUUGACUUGGAGCUGUGUGUUACAGUUUCUCCAGAAUACCACACAGUCAGUGUUUCCUGAUGUGAGUGGCUAGUACACAAAUUUGCUGUAGAGUCUCUGGCAAACGCUCUUGGGCAGUUGUGCUUUAUGGAGACUGAGAGGCCUCUUUAGCGUAUGACAGCUGGUAACACAAGCCAGGGCUCUGCCUUCUUAUUCCUAGACAUGUGUUUCAAAUUGCAUGUUUCCCCAUAGCUGCAGCAUAAGGCUCCUGCCAACCCUUCAGCAUUUUUUUUCUUUUUCCAGAAAACAUUGGUCUGUUUUUCUCCUGUACUCCUCUGCUUGCUUUUUUGCAUUUUUAUUUAACUUUUUCUUCCAUCUUCAAAUAACAGAAGCUGCCGAUCUCUCAAAAAGGGGUAGAAGUUGUAUUAUAAGAGGAACUUUGGAAUUCAGGUUUCUGCCAGGAAGAAGGGUGGUGUGUUCAGUUAUUGCAGCCUUCCAUAUAAAUAUUCUAAUUUCUUUACACAACCAGUUUGCCAGAAUAUGCAAGCUCUUGCAAGUUAGCAAGAUCCAAAACGAAUUUGCAGUUUUCCAUGAAGGCACAUUGCAUGAAGUGGGGAGUGGUAGAAAGAAAUCUAUUUUAUAAGCAAAAUUGGCUCAGGGCCGUUUCUGCUUUUCAGGAUUUUGCAGGCAAAAAAACAAUAGACUACUGGGGUACCAAUCCAAAAAUGGCUGCAGAACCAUUAUGGAAGUAAUUAGGCUGAAUUGGCUUUGUAUGCAAAUAAAAAAAGGGAGGGGGGAGACUCCCUGAGUUUUCUCUUUGGUAACAAGUGAGGAAAGAUAUUUUGGUAGUAGAAAGCCUUGAUAGGUGGCAAUAAAACUGGCUUUCUCUCUGGUGUGUGCAAGUACAUUGCCUACCUCCUGAAUUUCUUGGUUGUGGCACCUAACUUUGUAGAGCUUCCUCUUAAGGGAGUACCCUUUUUACAGCUGACCUUUUGUAGGUAAAUGAUGGGCUUUAGGCUUUUGGUUUUAUCACUGUUGAAGCACUUAUUAGGUUGGUAUUCUUUUAUGGGUGUGUGGGUGUGUGCAUAUGUGUGUGCGUGCGCGCGCGCACACACACACACACACACACACACAGUUAGGUAGACUUGAAAAUUGCUUUAAAGCACCUCUCAAAAGUGGGCUUCAGAUUUAAUAGAUCUAGUCCUUUGCCAUAGCUGUGGACUACUUUUCGUUGCAACAUACCGUACUUUUCCGUGUAUAAGACUAGUUUUUUUUUACUUUAAAAUAAGGUUAAAAAUCUGGGGGCAUCUUAUGCACAGAUAGUGCAUAUGCCCACUUUAUAGAUUUGGGGUCCCCGAAAGUAGGGGGCAUCUUACACAUGGGGCGUCUUAUACACGGAAAAAUACGGUAUUCCUCAACGAGAGCUCAGUAUGGCAAGUAAACUGAGAGUUAAUCUUCAGUGGUUAAGUGUGUACUUGCUAGAGACAGAGUAGCCCAAGGUAUUGGUUGGGUUCAUGUGUCCCAUUAACAAAUGCUUUGGGGUUGUUGUUUUUAAAUAAAACAACAACAACCAGGAACCUCUGUUUUGGAACAGGAUCCCUCUCAUCUUCUCACUAUCCCUGCCUAAAGCUGCUUAACAAGAUCUCCUUGUUGAGCCUAUGUAAUAAGUCACAGUUAGUUGCAGCAAAAACAAUGAAGAGUCUUAUGUCACUUUGAAGAGUAACGAAAGCAUUGUGCCGUAUAAGCACACAGGGGCCAAGGCCCAAUAGGUAUCCAUAAAGUCUGUGUGAAUAUCCCUGAACAAAGAAAGCAAGAGCACUUCUCUUAUUAUAAUUUUUAUUACAUUAAGUGAAGCCAGUCGGUGUGCGUGUGCCCCACUCCCAAAUACAGGCUGCUGCUAGUGAACAGGUAUAACAAGUUGAGUUCUGAAAAGUAAAAAAAAAUCAGGGAGGGACAACUGUUUUCUGUAGUAAGCUAUCCGUUCCCAGAGCUUGCUCAGACCAAAUGUCACAGUGUAAAAUGUGCAGAUUCCAGCUCAGCAGCUUCACACUGGAGUCUUCUUUUGAAUCUACUUGGGUGGAGUUUGGUGACUUUAAUGUAUGUUACAGAAUGUUCAAAGAGAUUGAAAAGCUCCCCCACUGGUUUCCUAGUUUUGCAAUACUUAACAUGUGGUUUGUUUCCAUUAAGCCUCUUGCAUAAAGACUGUCCUGCAUAACUGAUGUUAAUAUAUUUCACUUUAGAAGAGGUUCAGGUGAACAAGCUCUUGGUAAUAUGGCUUGGUAGUGUUAUCAGCAUAGAGAAAAGGCACAGAGUGGGCACCUGGUUUGUUCCUCAUUUUCUGUCUCCAUUAAAUGGCUCAUUUCUGCUUAUAAUAAACCGAUUUCAAUGAAAGCUUUAGUGCUCUACUCUGGCCAGCAUUUCCUAAUGGUUAGAGCAUGCUGUGCUUGGAAGAACAUCAUGUUCUGUUAAAAUAGUACUCUGAACCAAAACCAAUGACUGCAGCACUGCUAGUAAUUGGUUAAAAAUAAAAAUACAUAUGAUCAACACAGAAUUCUUUGAUAACAUACUCCAUUAAAACCUGAGCCUUGUUUCUGCAGCUGUUGCUUUCUAACUCUGCUGGAGAGCCAAUUGCCAGCAUACAAAUGUUGAAUGGUUCCUAAUUGGCACGAAGUCCAGAAUCUUGAGACAAACUCUUAUUUGUGUGCAGCAGCAGCAGCAGCAGCAGCAGCAGAGCUCUGUUGCUCAAGGAAAGGCUUUAACUGUCUGGGGUAAAUGUGCUACAAAAUUGAGUGAAUGUCACAUAAUUUGGCAUCUUCAGUAGAAUUCCUUCAGGAUGUAGCUGACAGUCGGAAAAUGCCAGGCCUGCUGUUGGGACGAUGUUCGGUUCCUGGGAAGAUAGCCUAAAUCGUCCCAUGGCUAAUCUGCAAUUUAGCUGUUGGAAUUUUGUUUAAAGUGAACACACACAUUCCAAACCAACUAGGAUUGUAUGCAUUUAAAAAUUGUAUGGAAUUAAUUCUGCAACUGGCUGUCAUAUUUGCACAAGUUAAAAAAAAAUUGCUAGAAUUUUACUUUUCAGGUUGUUGUUUCUAACUGUGUUUGUGCCUGAUUCAGAGGGGAGCAGAAUCCAAGUGAACAUGGAAGAACUUAAUCUGUUGACAUUCUCUUUAAUGCAGUGCAACUUCAAAAACUCUGCUUACAAACUGUUCUGUCUCCCUGCCUCACGUUCUCCCACCCAACCCAUCCUCCUCACGCACUUUCCUCUGACAUCCCACGUUGCAACGUUUACUAUGAAAUCUUGGCACAGGCUUAAGUUGAACAAACCAAUUGUCCCGUACAAAGAUGCUGUAGCGAGUAGGAGAAGAGGUAAAAGUCAGCCUUACCCAAGUAGUGUUGCAGAACCAGCCGUCCCUUUGUCCUUCGUGUUUUUCUUUCUGUUGUCAUUUCAUGUCAGCUCUCCUCCCCCCUCCCCACAUUUUUUCACCCUCUCUGCUUCCUAUCUCUUUCCUCCCUCAACUCCUCUUUUCCCUGCUGCUGACAGCCAGCUGCUCUGUGCCUGCGCUUUCUCUUUCACCCUCUCCCUCUUUUUUUUGUUGUUGGUCGUCCUGGAGAUGUGAAGUUUCAUAUUACAUGUGCACUAAGGGGAGGAUCACAGAUGGAGACUUGCAGCUAGCGCAAACUCCCCAGUGCAGAGCUCCCGAAACCAACACUUGUUACAAGCUCAUUGUGUAACUCUUGAUUGUGCAUAAAGUUUCUUCUCUAUUUUUAUUAGACCUCUUUCCAUGCAGCCUGGGUCAGUGUUGAGGGAGCUCCCUUCCCUUUAUCUGCCUGUAUAUUAAAGUGAUUUGCUUUUCUGCAGGCUACUGAAUUCUUUAUUAGCUCCCAGUAAAAAAUCUACAGCUAUUCUGUAAAGAAGCCAAUGAUAAGGAAUGAGAGAACUUGCAGCGGCACUUGGACUUAAAAUAUGUGGAAACAUUUGAACUCCUACGCUUUUCUCAGCGUGUCUCCUCAAAAAGACAAAAUAACUUUGGAUUUUUCAGUACAUCUUAUUCCCAUUAAAGUCAGUGUUCUAAAUAGUCUUAAAUUGAAUUUGUGGAUAAUGACUGUUGGUUGGCUUUUCUGUAAACAGGUUAUAUCUUAUCACCUCAAAGGCUGCUUUAAGCAGGAGUGGGUAUCUGAUGGCCUCUGGGAACACCUAAUUAAAUAAUCAUAGAAUCAUAUCAUAUAAUCAUAGAGUUGGAAGGGACCCUGAGGAUCAUCUAGUCCAACCCUCUGCAAUGCAGGAAUAUGCAGGUGUCCUGGACGGAGAUCAAAUAUGCAACCGUGGCAUUAUCAGCACCAUACUCUAACCAACUGAGCUAACACUUUUGUUCUGAAUGAAGGUUAGGGUUAGGGAAGGAGGAGCUGGGCUAAGAGACAUUGGGUUGCGCCCAACAAAGUUGUCCUGUUAGUGCAAGAACUUUUGCCUGUGCAAGAAGUCUUCCUCACCCCCUCACCCCAAAUCUGCUCCAUGGGGUUUGGGAAAGAAACCCCAGAACAGAUUGUGCAGGGGGAGGAAGAGAAGAGAGAGUUGUGUUGUGCAGACGAAAGUCCUUGUGCUAAGGGAAGACUUCGCUGGAUACAACUCAAUAUGCCAGAAGCUACGUACAGCUUUGCUUGCCCCUGAAAGAACCAGGGGCAGGAAGACUCCAUGGAAGCUGAGACAGCUGCUUGAAGGUGCUUGGGAGGGGAUGAAAUCCUGACAUUCUCCCCAGAGUUUUCCUGGUCUGUUGACUGAGUUUCACUUAAGCACUUCCAAAGGGAUUAUGUUGGUUAAGCCCUAUGUGCUUGUCUCUGCUGCAGGUGAAGGAAACCUGCAUGUUCAGUCUCCAUAAAGGAAAUUUGGGAGUGUAAUCUUCUGCUAUUUUUCUGCAGGUGCAGAGUGCCUACCAUCUCCUGCCCUGUCUUCUUCUAGUUAAGAGAUUGUUCUCCUUUAUGUCAUGAGCAAAAGCUCUGGAUUUCCCAAUAUGCUAAGUCAGAACAAUGGUGCAAUCUAGCCAAGUAAUCCUGGCAGACCAGCAUUUUCCUAUCAUCUCUGGCAGAGAUCUUUUCAUUAAGGAGUCUGUUUAAGAUAUACCCUUUGCCCUCAACACCAGUUAGAAACAUUAAAUAUCCUUUGACUCGCCAGUAGGUUUUUUUGCCACUACAGUAUGGGUUUUUGGAGGAGCUGUUCUUCUGCAAGCAGUGUUGGGGGAAUGGAAGAAUGAGUAUUCAUUUUGUGUGUGUGUUCCUGUUAACUGAAACACACAAAUUAUCCUCCUAGCAUGACGGAAUUAUAUUUUGCCUUUCUCGUGUUCUGAAAAACAAAGGAUUGACUUGCCAAAGACCCUUGGCAUUUCCAGCUGGAUAGAGUUAGCAAGAUUUUGGAGGGGCAUGGGGGGGGGGGAAUUACACACGAUAGCCUUUCAGAGGUUGUGAAAAGAGUGCUUUCUUUAGGCUCAAGAGUCUACGUGAGUCAGUGCCAUUUUGCAAGGUUUAUAAAGAUAGCUUUGUCGCAUCUCUCUCGCUUCCCCACUCUGUUUCUCCAUGCAGCGGCUGACACUGGCUCAGCUCUCUCUCUACCUGAGCCGGGGUACCAUCCCUUCCCGUUUUAGCACAGUGAGUUCUUAGUUUUGCCUGGUGGUGUCUCAAAAGCUGCCAGUUCCAGGAAACUUCUGUUUGACACCUUUGCCAGGAUGGUAGGAAACAUUUCACAUGCUGAUUUUAAAUACCACAAAAGUGCUUUGCUGGGAUUCUAAACUUCACUGGGAUUCAGUGUUGCUCCCACCCCCCACCCAAGCUUGUGUUCAAAUGGGGGGGGAUGUUAGUUUUUAAACUGCUGGGAGCAUUUGGACUUCCAUUUAGUUGUAGUCUAUUCAAAAACAUACAUACAUGGGGUCAUUUAUAGCUUUGGAGCUUUUCCUUCAGAUAUGAAAAGAGAAUGCAAAUGGACCUUGGUGAAUAUGUUUUCCCAUCAAUAUUGUGCAUUUUCAUUGUACAAUGAAGAUUCCAACAAGAGUGGAAAGCUUGGCCAAUUGCUUUUCUUUAUUAGUGAUGUGUCUUCACUAUGCUAUAGAUGAACUUUAGGAUGUACAUAAAUGGGCACUAUUGGAAGCUGUGGUGGCAAGAAGGAGCAUUUUGAAGCAGUGCUUUGAUGAGCUGGGCCCCAAAUAUUUUGGAUUGUAUCCAACCAAGUCAUACUGUUCAUGCAAGAACUUCUGCUUGCACAACAGAACUUUUCCUCCUCCUCCUCCUCCUCCUCCUCCUCCCAUGUUUUGAGGGUUCUCCCAACUCUCCAGAGCAUAUUUGGGAGCCUUGGGAGCAUGCAAAGAGAGGGAGGGAAAUUCUGUUGUGCAUGCAGAAGUUUUUGCUUAAAUUCCGGGGUCAACUUUGUUUUAUAAAACCCUUUCCCAGAGGAAUACUAUUGCCCAAGCAACAUAAGAGCUGCUUCAUGCUGCAAGGAGUUCAAUGCAUUUUCAGCCACUUGUUUGUUACCCUCACAUGAAGAUCGUGACGUGUGAAUCACAAUAUUUUUCUGCUUGAGUGUGUACCUGUCCUUGACUGUGUUUGCAACUGGUUGUGUGGAAGGCAGUAUAAACCAGCCCUGAAACAAAGUUUUCUUUGUAGCUCUUUUAAAUAUUGCUGGCAUUUUGGAGCGUCAUAACUGCUAACAUACCUUCUGUUUAAAAGCGAGUAGGAGAGACUGUCAAGAAACCAUUUGUGGCUACCAAGCCAUGUGCUUGAAUAUUCUAAAAUUAAAAACCAGCAAAUUCCCGAUUCAGAUAACCUAGAAACUUUGCUUUCUGAAUUAUUCCCAUUGUGGCAGUGUGCCUUGAUUCUGAGGUUAUUUUUAAUUUGACCACCAUUAUGCCACCUCUCUAGGCUAGGGUUACCAGACGUCCCCGGUUUCUGGGGAUAGUCCCCGGAUUUGCAUAUCUGUCCUCGGGAAAUGGGGCAGCGGCAGCCUCAGCAGCCCAGAGCCAGCCUGGUAGUGCAGUUGGCACAACACAUCAUAUGGGGACUUCCGGAGAGGAAAAAUGGCAGGCGUCACGGCAGCGAGCAGCUCCUGAAGCCAGACAGAGCCAACUGUGCUACCAGGCUGGCUCCAGGCUGCUUACUGCCGCUGCCACCGCCGCUGCCAAAGGGGAACUGGGGAUGUCCGGCGGUACAGAUCUCCUGCCCCCUUCCCCCUUUGUUUUGACUUAUUGGGGGAGGCUCAGGAGUUGUGGGCGGGCGGUCGUUGCCCAGUUUUUAAAAAACUCUGCGCAUUUAUGUUUCACAGGGUGGGAAAUAAGGGCUUUGCACCUUGCCUGGCAGAGAAACCGCGCGCCUUGCGCCCCUCCUGGGCAACGGCCACCCACCCGUGACUCCCAAGCCUCCCCCAAACAAAGGUGGAAGGGGGCAGGUGAUUGGGGAAGGCUUGGGAGUCACAGGUGGGUGGUGAGCCAUUGCCCAGUUUUUGAAAAACUCUGCGCAUUUAUGUUUCACAGGGUGCGAAAGAAGGGCUUUGCAUGUUUAUACAAUAUGCAUGUGUGCUUGGGCCCAGGGUCUUUUGCCUCACCAUCCCCACUACUGACUCCCUGUUGCUACUCAGCUUCAAAAAAUAAAAAUAAAAAAUAGUGUCCCUGGAUUCAUUGAAAAAAAUCCAGUAACCAUACUCUAGGCUUGCUUAACCAUCUAGGGCAGGCAUAGGCAUAGGCCAGGCCCUCCAGCUGUUUGGGACUACAAUUCCAAUUAUCCCUGACCACUAGUCCUGUUAGCUAGGGGUGAUGGGAAUUGUAGGUCCAAACAUCUGGAGGGCCAGAGUUUGCGUAUGCCUGAUUUAGGGCAAAGUCUCUUUGCUGCCCUUUUCCCUCGAAAUGAUAUUAUUUUGUCUUUACCUCUUAGUUGUCGUCAUGCCGCUAUAGCCAACUAUUUUGGAGACGCCGUCCCCCAGUGCAAUAAGUGCUGUGAUUACUGUAAGAAUCCAGCAGCAGUGAAAAAGCACGUAGAGGCACUUGAACACACCGGCAGCGGCUGGAAUAGAACCUGCAUUGGACCCUCUGCUUCCUCUUGGAAUGCCUUUGACCCAGACCUGUACGAAGGAGGCAGAAGAGGCAUGGGUGGCUUCAGCAGGUAUGGCUUUGCUUCUGACUCCAGCAGAAGUGAGUUCUGUUGACAAUAAUAAGGAUUUCUCCUCUUUUCUCCGCUAUGGCGGCUUCAGUUGUUUUGGGACUAGUAGUUUCCUCAUACCUGAAGUCCCGCAUCCCUCCCCGCUGCAUACAAACUAAGCCAAGUGCCAUGACUUCAGCAGCCACUGCGACUUCAUGAAUCAGCCAGAGGAAUAGAUAACUCCUUGAAGUGUAGCUGAGCCUGGGAGUUGAUAGCUGGACUCAGUAGAACCAACAGAAAAUACAGUGGUACCUCGGGUUACAUACGCUUCAGGUUACAGACUCCACUAACCCAGAAAUAGUACCUCAGGUUAAGAACUUUGCUUCAGGAUGAGAACAGAAAUUGCGUGGCGGUGGCGCGGCAGCAGCGGGAGGCCCCAUUAGCUAAAGCGGUACCUCAGGUUAAGAACAGACCUCCAGAACGAAUUAAGUAUGUAACCAGAGGUACCACUGUAGGUUAAAAAGAAAACACUGGUUAAAAAUGUGGCAUAAAUGCCUUUAUGUCGUGAUGCAGCCAGGGGUUAACAAAUAUUGUUGUUCUUAUUGGCCAGCCAGCAAUUUGUUGUUGCAGGCUCACCCUCAAGCGGCAAGGUCUUGUAUCUGACCUCACGUUUUGACUCCAAACGGAGGCAGGAGGGAAUCUCCUUUUUCUCCAGCAAUGAAGUUGGAGAAGGAGGUCAGAAAGCAGUUGAUGGCUGAAGGAUUGGCAGCAAGGAGAGGGGAGGUGCGACGACAGAGCCUUCCUCUUCCUAUGGGCUUGAUGGAAGAGCAAGCCAAAUCAUUCGUGCCUCUCCUGGCAAGCACAGAGCCAGAGCACAUCCAAGGCUUCGGCUGAAUAUUAGGGCUGGAAGGAAGUAGGGUUCAUCCAUUCUGUUCUUUAGCACUAGGUAUGGGGGAAGCCUCAGACUUGUCUCGCUUAUCAAAGCCCAGCUCUCAUCUCAUCAUAGUCAGGGAGAUUUUCAGUGAGACUGCGUGAGUCAGUAAAUGUGUGAAAUUAGACCUUGGUGUUUUCAGCUGUUCCACCCUGUUCUGUAUUGAUGCAACAGAGAGCAGUAGCUUCUGGCAAAAUGUUGUGCUUUCUAAUCCCUCUUAAAGGAGGGAUGGGGGCACCCUGGGAAGAGGAAGAGAAAGAUUGCCCAUGCUGUAAGAAGCAGGUCACUGUCCUCUUUAGCUUCCAAGUGCCCCAGACAUUCAUCUCUUGCCCUGUUGCCUCUGAUUAGUCUCCAGAAAGUGCUCACAGCACCAUGACUGGGGUUUUUUCAGAAGAAUUUGACUAGUGACCGUAAGCAAAUGACUCACUGAUUUCAAUAGGAAAGUUAAGUGUAUGUUCAGCACCACUCUCCCAUUGCGAACGACAAGAUCUGAAAGUGCUUAAUUUUGGCUAGAUUGGCCUUUGUUCUGUUUCGUGACCUGCGUUUUGUUCUGGUAUGCAGCAGAAAGAUUAAAACCAAAUGUUAAGUUGCCGUUUUCCUUUUACUUCCCGGUUAAAUGAAAUAGUUUGCACUAUAUAUUUUCUCUUUUGUUAUCCCCUGAUCAUUGCAUGCGGUUAACAUCUGUACUUCUUAUGAAACAAAGAUAAACCAGCCAUAUAUUUCACCUUUUGUAAUUUAAUUUUCCGCUCUACUUGACUUGCAUAUUUUGCAUAAACUCAUCUGUAAAUUUAUUCUUUUUAUGCAGGGUGGUCUUUAAAGGAAAGUGAUCGCUUUUAAGUAGUUAAAAGCUUCAGAACUUUAAAAGUGACUUAUUAUUUAACACAUACGUUUCUGAUGCUAACAAUUCAUAAAUGAACCAGCUUCAGUCUAGAGAGGGUUUGCAUGAGUGGAAAAACACUUGUGCCCUGUCACAUUCCUCUGAUUUCCCUGUCCCAUUGUAGCUCUUCUGACCCUUCUCAUGCCAGACCAGAGAGGGUCUUCUGGCCUCCAGGAGCAAAUUCUGGGGGGCACAGGGGACAGUAGUGGGGAGCUGGGAAGACCCUGUUGCCCAAGUGAGUUCAACUCAAUCUUCUCUGAAUUCAACCGAUAAAACACAUGGCAAGAGGAACAUAGAAGUCUGUGUUGGUUUUGAGGAAAUGAUCGGUUCUGGAUUGAUUUAUUUGAGAGAAAACCUGGAAAUGUGACAGUCGCACCCUGGAAUGAAAUCUGACUGGGACUCAGGCCCACAAUCCUCUGGGAUAUUGUGAUGUAUUUGCUAGAUCAAAUUUCCUUGAUGCCAGUAUAAUGUUUGAAGUAAUUCUGGGCAACCUUCCUGUUCAGUUUCCAACUGUUUCCGGGUUAUUGUUCAGAUAUGAUGAAGACGGCGGGAGUGUGGCUGAAACGAAUGAGGACCAUCAGAAAAGGGAAUGGAACAACUUUUAUAAGAGGCAGAUGAGUCUGCGCAAGGUAAGUUGGUAACUUCCUCGCAGGAGACGGAUACUAUCUUGACGGGUGGGAAAAGAGUAGGUAACAGCGCAAUCCUAUAUGUGCUUACUCAGAAGUAAGCCUCGCUGAGUUCAGCGUGACUUAUUCACAGGUAAAAGGGUACAGUGGUACCUCGGGUUACAUACGCUUCAGGUUACAUACGCUUCAGGUUACAGACGCCGCUAACCCAGAAAUAGUACCUCGGGUUAAGAACUUUGCUUCAGGAUAAGAACAGAAAUUGUGCUGUGGCGGCAGCAGGAGGCCCCAUUAGCUAAAGUGGUGCUUCAGGUUAAGAACAGUUUCAGGUUAAGAACGGACCUCCGGAACGAAUUAAGUACGUAACCAGAGGUACCACUGUAUAGGAUUGCAACCUAAGUGUUACCAUGAGGUCUUUAUUGUGUUCUUAUGUUAAUAUGUGAGAAAUCAUUCACACAUUAAAGAACUUACCUUGCUCUGACAUUUCUUUGUUAGUUAGAGAAUAGUACCUUUACCUUUCAAUUUUUAUGAUGCUUUACCACAGGGUGCUUAAUGAGGAGAGCUCUUAAAGUGGCCUUUUUGUGCAUAUCUCUGUGUGUGCUUUCUUUCUGUCUCCAAGCAUUUUCUUGGUUGAAUUCACCACCCCUUCCUAUGUGACUAGAAUGCAGUCCCAUUCAGUCUUGAAACCAAACCCCAUCUGUGCAGAUUAGGGACUUUGGGAUGGAAAGUGGAUGGCUUUUCUUGGUGUCUGAUUUUCACACAGAAAAAAAGAACUCCUGGGCUAAAUUACUGCCUAAAUGAAGGGUCCUUCUAAGACUUAACUAGUAACUCUAAUGCUAUUUUUAAAAGCCAACCAUUCCUUGUUAUGCAUUGCAGCUGCAAAUUAUAAAAUGACAUUUUUAAAUACAAGAAAAUGUAAAAUUGCACUUUAUUGUAGAAGAAAACAUAAAGAUGAGGCACUUAAUACAGUGGUGCCUCGCAAGACGAAAUUAAUCCGUUCCGCAAGAGUCUUCGUCUAGCGGUUUUUUCGUCUUGCGAAGCAAGCCCAUUGACGGAUUAGCGCUAUUAGCGCUAUCAGCUGUUUAGCGGCUAUUAAAGGCUUAAAGGCUUAGAGGAUUAGCUGCUAAAAGGCUAUUAAAGGCUUUUAAAGGCUUAGCAGAUUAGUUAAAGGGGGGGAUAAGCUAAUAUAAAAUCUCACGACUCGCAAGGUAUUUUCGUCUUGCGAAGCAAGCCCAUAGGGGAAUUCGUCCUGCGAAGCAACUUCAAAACGGAAAACCCUUUCGUCUAGCGGUUUUUCCGUCUUGCGAGGCAUUCGUCUUGCGGGGCACCACUGUAGAGGCAACUCUAAUUAUUUGCUCAAACCAGCUUGGAAGAAAAUGAAUGACCCAAUGUUUUAUCCCAUGGAUCAUUUUGUUUCUCCUUUUAUGUCUUCAAAAUGCAAGGUGCAUACAGUAUAUGUGUGCAGUCCAUCCAUGCAAUCAAUAUAUGUGCACACAUACACAUACAGACUUACACACCCAUCCUCUCAUGCUGCCCCACAUAUUUUUUGCUUUAUUCCCUUUUGAUUAGUCCAUUUGUUAAAAUAAGGUAGCAAUUUUAUUUAUUCAGUCUACAACUAUGAGAAAUGUCAUAAAAUAAGCCAUUACUAUACAUCUAAUCUUACAUCUCAAAACAGUAUGAAACCACCUGCUGAAUGGGGAGGUAUUGUGUUUCUCCUACAAUAUUCAGUAAAUGAAUUCCACUUCUUAAAAUUACCUUCCCGCUGUCUUUUUUCUUGUAAAUCAGGUUAAUUUUGCCAUUAAGGCAAAUGCCCAUGUUUUAUUAAUCCAUUCUUCUAUUGUUGGCAGUCGUUAUGUACUAGUUUAUAAUAUUCGUACUGCUUUCAGUGUGUAUAAGACUAAAUUUAUUAUGUUUAUUUUUUACUGUACUUUCCAUAUAAUUCAAUGAAAAAACAAAAUUCCAGAUUCAUUGGGAUAGCAUUGUAAUUCCUGUUAUUGAGCUCUUAAUAUUUUUUUAGAAAUGGCAUUCCCACUGUAUGUGGUGAAAGUCCCCCAUUCCUUUUAUAAUGUUUCCAGUUCUUACUUAGAUUGUUCCAAUUCAUUAUCAACUCACGCCGUUUAACAAAGCCUUAGCAAGCUUUGGCUCAGACUAAAAAUUGUUGUGUAAAUGUGGAAGGUCUUUUGUGUAAAAAAGAACUCAGAUUCUAAAUCUAGUCUUGUGUCCCAACCUAUACUUUUAGAUAGGUUUUUCCUGGUUUAUGUCAUUGAAUUUUCUCUCUUACAUUUCUUUCAGGGCCAGGAACCUGAAAAAGACAACUUUGUCCCUCCAGGUAAAUUUCUGCAUUACUUCAUAGAUCAGAUGCUUCAGACAAAACAUUUAUGGUUCUUUCUGGGGAUUUUACAAUGACUAAAGUUACUAUUUAUACAGUAUAGCACUAUCUGUAUAUGAAGCUAAAGAGCUCAGGAGUUAAUGCUUGACCCAAAGUUAAGUGUGGCCCACAAUGAUGAGCUUAUUGCCAGAAAAAUUGGGCUUAAACUUGACUGUAGCAAAAGUAGUUGGAGAGAUUGCUAUCUGCCCAAAUCAAUUUCUUACUUCUGUUUCCCAUUUCACAUGAAAAUUAUGAGUGUAUCAAACGCAAUAGCUACAGUUAAUUUACAUAUUUCAGCCGGUUGCCGAUGAACCAAAUGGGUUGCGAUGAGAUGGGUUGGGAUAUGACCCUCUUCACGUGACAGAGGCGGGGAAGCAAAGAAUUCUGGGAAACAUCUCAAGGACUUUGCUCAAUCUUUGUGGUUCCAAAAAAAAAGGCCACAAGAAGUGGAGGCCAGUGUUGGAUCUCAAAUUCCUCAGUCACUGGGUCGUUUUCAAGAAGUUCAAGAUGGAGUCUCGUAUUUAUUAAUAAUGGUAUUGGAAAUAGAUACAGUCAGAAAGACUCCCACUACAGCGUAUCCAUUCCUUCAAAACAAACUAAGGAAAAUCCCCAGAACACUAAACAGGUUCACACAGUCCAUGCUAAAGGAUAGAAGGAAAAAGUAGGGAAACUGUCCCCAACCUCAUCUCCACUAUAAUUCCCCCAACCCAACAACCACUAUUCCACUCUGCACCCCAAAGCAUCCAAGUAAGGGCCUGGCAAGCCAAAGGCCUACACCACCUAACUGAUUUUAACAAAAAAGACCUUGAGCUUGUUUGGAGGCUCUGGCAGAGGAGCGCAGCUAUUGUAUACCCUUGACCAAAGAAUGGUACACUCCUUCUGUAUGAGAUGGUUGUCGUCUUUCAUUGAUGCACAUGGAGCAGUGAAGGAGACACCCGCCUAGCCAGCCAGAUAAGCCGAAUCAACCCUGGCAAUCGAUGGGGUGACAGAUGUUGCAGCCAGAUCGCCCUCACAUCUGACUUUUACAAAAAUGGCAACCCUAGAUCAGCAUGGGAAACACAGGACAAACUAGAGGACACUUAAAUACCCUGGCUGAGCCAUCACCAAUCACAUGCCAAUCAAAUAGAGUGCCACCUGCUCAGUAGUGGGUUUAUUUAGACCUCCCUCCAAUACGAUUCUCGCAAGGGUGUCUAAAGAUUGACCAGGAGUCUUAUAACGGGAUAGAUUAAACGUUCUCUGACUCCUUGAUAGAAUUUACAGUAGAAAAACACACAAAAGGCUGGUUCCAGCUCUAAAUGAUUGCAAGGAUAGCACCUGUCCUUGAAGAAUACUUUAGAAAAUCUGCUAUCUAGGAUUUUGGAGAUAUUAAAACAUGUAAUUAAAAAAAAGCUUCUAAAAAGUACUAUCACCACAUUGGAUACUUGUCUAGUUUAUUAUUUUAAAUGGCUAUAUCCUUCUUGUACCCACUCAUCUACUGCAAGAGGUAAGGUAACAUGUCAGAAAAUGUUUGUGUAUCUGUCUCAUUGUAGAUGCUGAUUGUCCCUUGAAGGAUGCAGCCAGCAGAAAAAUAGCUAAAAUCACAGUGAAGGUAAGAAGGGGCUGUGAUUACUUACACCAAGCUCCUUUCCCCUCCCCACCUGGAUUACGACAUGGGCGUGAGAAAUAACUGGCAAGAAAAUAGCACUGAUGAAAAUGGGGUGAAGGCAUAAAAGCGUGGUGUGGUGGAAUGCCUUAAGAGAAGGAUAGCAUCUUGAUCUGUAUUAGAUUGUAGCAUAGGAAUGUAACUGGGGUAUAUUGUCCGGUUUCAGUUGGCAGGUUUUAGGAAAGCAAAUAAAUUGGAGAGGAUGCAGAGACAACAGCAGAUAUUAUAGAGCAGCUGGGAAAAGAUUACUCAUGUCCAUAUAGUAGUGAAAGAAGGUUUGAUUAUUAUUAUUUAUUAAAUUUGUAUACCUCCCUACCUCUGAAGAUCUCAGGGAGAUUCACAACAAAAAAUUACAAUACAAAAAAUUGAUAUUGAGUAUACUUUACAUUAUUUGUACUGUCCCAGAACUGCUGGUUAGAAUAGAUGAUGCUUCACUUUCCUUCUGCAAUCUGAAAUUGGCUCUCAUCUCUUAUCCUUCAAUUUUAGGCUAGAGAACACUGUCUGAACAUGCUGAAAGAAGCACUGAGCAACAACCGGGAAGCAGCUCUAACAAGAGAUGGGUAGGAAGUUAUUAUCUAGUCCGGGGGGAGCCCCAUAGAUCUCCAUAGGGCAAGCAGUGGGCAUUUAUGCAAGCCAGGGAAUUUAUGCAAGCCGGUGCAUGGCACUAGGGGCUCAUGUGCACAUAUCUCCCAUCCAGCCCUCCCUUCAUGAGCUGUGCAAGCCUCCCAUUCUCUGCAGUGGCUCAUGUGCUUUCCAUUUGCAUACUUGUGCACAUGCAGUGGUAGUGAUGGGAAGCAAGGAAAAGAGAGCUCCUGCACAUGCAGGCACUGCACCAGUGCUGGAUCAACUUAUAUACCUUAACCUAAUUUUAUAUGUCACAGCCAUUUGGAAAAUGCAGUGUUGUGGUUUGAAAUACUUUCUCAGCCACCAGUAAUAUUAUGCUGCAGGUUCCAACGUUUUAACAUCUCAUUCCCUCUCACUGCUUUUGGGAGCAUGAGAAACAGGUGUCUGUUGUUCUAAGGUAGUUUUUAAAAGAACAAUUUUCUAUCAUUUUAUUAGUUGUGUUCUAUUAAUAUGUUUCUACAGGGUGAGUCUUUUAAAAGAGGCCCAGUGGAACAUGUGUACUCUGUAUCCACGGGGCCUCUUUUAAAGGACUCACCCUGUAUAUGUUCCAAAGUUGCACUGCGAAAGGUUUUGUUUUUUUUGUUUUUGGAAGGGGGGGCUAUAAAUAACUUCAGGUUUGUGGGGAAACUGCUUGAAACUUGUAGAUCAAAACUUAAAGAAAGUUGAGCACUUCAAGUUAAAUGUCAUACUUUAAAUUAGAAUUCAAAAUUGUGUACUCCUAAGGAAGACAAUAGGGACGUGGGUGGCGCUGUGGGUUAAACCACAGAGCCUAGGACUUGCCGAUCAGAAGGUCGGCGGUUCGAAUCCCCGCGACAGGGUGAGCUCCCGUUGUGUGGUCCCUGCUUUUGCCAACCUAGCAGUUCGAAAGCACAUCAAGUGCAAGUAGAUAAAUAGGUACCACUCUGGCGGGAAGGUAAACAGCAUUUCCAUGCGCUGCUCUGGUUUGCCAGAAGCAGCUUAGUCAUGCUGGCCACAUGACCUUGAAGCUGUAUGCUGGCUCCCUCGGCCAAUAAAGCGAGAUGAGCGCCGCAACCCCAGAGUCGGUCAUGACUGGACCCUAAUGGUCAGGGGUCCCUUUACCUUCACCUUUAAGGAAGACAAUAUUGUGUGCUAAAGCCAAAAUAACAUUUUAAAAAUCAUUUCUUGCAAUAUUUUCUGAAUAGGUUGAGGUGGGUGUGCAAAUAUGAAUCUUAACAGCUACAACCCUCUUUUUUCUACGAAGCUUGCAAUUUUCUUUAGUUCCCGCUAGAGGGUAGUAAUAUACUGCACAAACGUAUUAUUUUGAAAUCACAGAGGAGGUUGUGAUACUUCACUGAUAACGGUAGAAAUACCUUCAUAAUAGGGUAAAAGUAAUCCAGAGGGGGAAAUAUGCUCUUAGACCCCUGUCUUCUGCCCUGCCUCCCAACUGCCCACACAAACACCACAUUAACCAUAAGUUUCCACCAAUAUUUCUGCACCGAGAUUUUAAUUGUUAGUGUUCCAGCCUUUCUUCCAUAGUAACGGACCUGACAGGUGUUGGAGAACUUCCUCUGUUAUUGGAGAAAUAUGUCCCACUGCAACUGAUCAAACUGUCUUGUGUUUCAGCUCAGAUGUUCUAGUACAUGCUGUGGAAAUGGAGUAUGAAGCUUUCCAGGCCAGUAAAAUGGCAAACCUGUACAAGGCGACUGUUUUAAAGAAGGUAAGAAAUAGUUGGUAGUUUUAAGGGGCUUCAUUUGAUCUCCCUGAUGUGUUGGUUUCUCAAAUAUGCAACUCUGCUAGAGAAAGUGGCUAGGUAUUUUCUGUGUGUGUACUAUGGAGAAAACACUGCUUACUCCAUCUUUUCUCAUUGCUGUCUUAGAAGAGGGUGUUUGGGCAGACCCUUAAUUUCUGCAGGCUAGAACUCAACUCAAGCAAAGCUCAGAUGCGUAGUUUGGAGAAUAUGCCAAUAGUUUUGACAUCAUUCUGAAAGCAUUUUGUUUGUUUUUCUAAUGAGCAGUGGGUUUUGAAGCUAUACAGUUCUGCAGGCUUUAUGUAAUUCUGUGUUGCUUGUCGAGAAAUACAAAUGGGCUCUAAUUAAUGGCCUGCUUUCCACUGAUGGUCACUGAGGUGGUAAUUCUCAACCACUUGAGUUAUUGUCUUGACCUUCCAGAUGUAUAAAUCCAUACUUUGAGUGGCUUUAAGCAUUACAGAAAAGUGCAUUGCUCCAACUGCCUAAUAUACAAUCACUUCUGUCUUGUCUUGGCAGUGCUCAGCUAACAUCUGGAGCAGUUUUUUUGUACACCGCUUAGAGAUAUUUAAAAAUAUAUUAAGCAGCAUAGAAAUCACCAUACUUUUCCAUGUAUAAGGCUAGGGGGUUUUUUACUAAAAAGGGGGGUAGUCUUAUACAUGGGGGCAAUCUCCCCCCAUUUUCUUAAUUUUGAGUCCCCCAAAAUAGGGGGCGUGUUAUACACGGAGGCAUGUUAUACACGGAGAAAUACGGUAAACAAUCAGUCAACUUAGCGCCAGAGUGAAGAUCUGGUUCUGGCAGCCUGGCUCUUCCAUUCCCUCCACCUCCUGUGAGUCAAUAAACUUUGACUGCAGCUCAUGCUUAGUGCAGAGAGAGCUUAACUAGAGCCCCAGUUUGGAUCAAACGCUAAGCCAAACUUCGGCUUAGCUUAGUGCAGCAGCAAAAAGGACCAGGAAGGAACAAAGCGGCUGCCAGCUCCUCUCUGGGAAAUUGCACAAAACAAAUAAAAUACCAUGAAGAUCCCUGAAACAAGAAGUAAUCAACUAGAAAUAUUAUCUUGUGGAAAUCAACUAAAUAAUAAAAAUUAAAAAGCUUAAGGGAAAAAAUUAGAAAAACCUAAAAUAGAACAAAGCCUUAACGGGAUGCCGGCUACAAACCUCGUUUCACUGAACUACUCAGUUUCCUCAGAAGGAAAUAGAAAAAUCAUAAACUUUAAAUUUCCAAAAUUCAAACAAGGGUAGAACCCCAAAAAUUCUGACGUAUUAUAAUCCUGGCUCGACCAAGUAGCUGAAGUAAAUAAACAAUAGCAACCCUAAUUGAAGUUCAUCCAAGCUUGAAUGUUACAAGAAUGGACCCUAUGCUGUAUUAAGGCAUUACUGGUCACUUAGAGAAUUAAGGGUGGUGCGAAUUCCGCAUUAAUUAGUUUGGACAAGAAGAGCAGAAUUUGUGAACCCUGUCCUUGCUUUGUGUUGCAAAAAGUGCUGUACAUAAGAGAGCUUAUCAAGACAACUUUCACCUUUCUUGUUACAUAAAGGUAACCGAAAUUAACAAGGCUUCCAAAGAUGGGGAGCUGUAUUCCACCCUUGGAGUCAAUGGCAGUUCCAAGUUGAAGACUGAACCAGUGGCAACAGCUGAUGAUGGCUUCAUCCCCGCAUCCAAGGUGAAUACGGUAAGUGCAAAUAGGCACUAUUAGAACCUUAAAUAGCAUUUUUUCUCUCUCUCUCUAUUUAUAUAUAUUAAAGUGAUUUUGCAGCAGCAACCUGUGUCCUGGUGCCUAUGAGGUUUCCAUUUUCAUAAUUUCUUUUUAUGUGGGCUUCCAGCAGUCUUCUUUUUCCUGUCCCAUUGCUUUUAAUUUUUUCUCUAUGGAAAACAUUAAGGUGUGAGGUGGUCUUUGAGUUUAAGGCGCAUCUACAGUUUGCCUGGACUAGGAUUUGAUUUCCAAGACAGAAGGCAGAUAGGCAAAAACUAGCCCUCUAGCUACCUCUCAUCUCAUUUCUUUCUAAUGUAGUUCAAACCCAAGAGGGUGGGGAUUGGAUUUCGGAAGUCAUCUGAUGUAUUCCAAUCUGCUUCAGAAGUUCUGGCUGCCAAGGGAGAUGAUGGAGUUAAGCCUCUGAAGGAGGACAUUAACCAGCAGGGAAGUCACCACUGUGACCCUGAGCCUAUGGACAUUAAUGGCACACUUGAGAGACAGGCAAAAGUGGCUGAAGAAGUUUGCCAAAAUGCCGAGGAGGUUCCUGAGAAGAAGGGGCAGCAAAGCACCCCUGAUGCUAUAGUCUGCUUGGGAGUUAGUCCCACCAAGAAGGGCAAACCCAGUAAGAAACAGCUGCUGUUGGCAGAAGCAGCUAGGAAAGACUCUCAGAAGAUAUCGAAAUUCUUCUCCAUCCCCAAAGCAGGGUCCUUGGCGUCAGCGCUUGAUUUGGCAGAAGAGAACAACUGCUACCAUGAUGAACUACCUCAGUUUCCUUGCCAAAGAACAUGUGACGAGAAAGCAGAAUCUCAGGAAACUGAAAUGGUCCCCAAAAAAGAACAAGCUAGCACAUCCCAUGUAGAAGAGGAAGAAUCAGAAAAAGCAGGAGGUCUGACCCUUAGAAUUCCUAGCUCAGGAACAGAAUCCUCAUGUUCAGGAACAACCUUUGGAAAACCGAGGUGAGGGGUAUAUUUCCUUGUUGUUGCUCUUCCCUAGCCUCCUACCUGAUACCCACCCAAUUCCCAAUUGGUAGAAGGUUAGAAGAAAAGUGAUUAUUCAUAGCUGUUCCUUCACAAUUGUAUUUAAGACUCAGGCUGAAGGCAGCCGUUGAAUUGACAUACCUCUGAUCUGGCAAAGGCUUUUAGAACAGAAGCAAAGGUGUCUGGGCUGUAAAUCAGGAGGAUGGUUAGAACUGAGUUUGGAGUUGCAGAAGCAGGCCUGAGUCGGGCAUUCCAUGGGUGUUAACUAUCUGUAACUAAUUUCCACAAUAAUAAUAAUAAUGCUAUUUGAGUAAAAUCUUUCUAAACAGCAAAUGGAUGAUAAGUAUGCUUGGAUUGCUUAAAUUCACAGAAUUCUCAGCUGAAUCAGUCCUUAAAAUAUAUUUCAAAUAUUUAUUAGGUUGUGCUUUUAAAAUUCAGGUGGUUACAGAUGUUUUGUGGAUGGCAUCUGUGUCUGUUGCAGGAGCUGCUAAUAGAAUUGUCAGUUUUAAAAAUCAGGGCCCCAACACUAUUUUUUUAUUUCUGUAGCUCACCUGUUGAAAACCACAUGUCAAGACUGUUGUUUUUACUGCUUCCUUUGAAUACCAUAAAUACACCAUCCUUGAACAAAGUAUCUGAUUGUUCCUAUCCCCCCACAGAGUUAAGCCUUUCAUUGAAGAUGGAAUGACAAACAGUUGUCGAAACCAUAAUGGAAAGAGACCAGGGUCAGCUGAGGUGAUACUUCAUUACUAUUAUUAAAUCCCCUUCUCUCUCUUGCAUAGGAGCACACACAAAAACAUCCCUGAGAUACAGGCAAAGCAUGCUUUGCAGGAACUUAUGGUGGGAAAGCUCACUCAGACCUUAGGAUGGGACUAAGGUGUGGCCACUGGAAUAUGCAUGCAUGGUUAAUAUUACUGGGGUAGCAGGAAGAGUGGUCCCCAUUUGGCAUGUGUUGGGCAAAUCCCAGGAGGCCAGAAAUGUUUGUUUGUUGUAAAAGAAACUGAUUUACUUUGUUGUAAAGAAUGUUGUGUCAACUUAAAGACUAACAAAUAUAUUGUGGCAUCAGAUUUUGUGAGCUGGAGGCAUUAGAUAAUGAAGUGGUCACCUACAUUCCAAGUAUUAAGAGAUGAAAGGUUUUUUGUUUUUUUAAUGAGAUGAAAAGGCUAUGCAGAAGCCUAUUUAUACACAGAACACAAAGGGGGGAAAAGAUUCAAUCAGCAAGGGUGUGACCUGCUCCCAACUAUGUGGGCCACUGGUAAUGAAUAGGCAUAGCAAGAUCAGUGACACAAAAAUACCUGAAGAGGGACAUUUACUUUCUUAAGUGAGCUAGCCACACACUGUUUCUUGAAGGUUUAAAGUAUUUGGAAAGGAUCUUUACCCCGUCCCUUGACAUUAGGAAGGCACAAAGAAAUAGAAGUCAGGAAACUCUGGUAGAUUGCUGGCAGAGGCUAUGCGUUCCCUGUUUCUCACAACAUUCCUUUCAUGAGUAUUUGUUCCUCUCUUGUUCUCUCUCAAGGAUCUGGGAAGCCCUUCUGGAAAGAGGCUACGGAUGAUGACCAAGUCUUCAAUCACAUUGCAAUCAGAGGGGAAAGCUGAUGGGCUGAUGAAAAAGAAAGUCACGUUUGAUCCCAAUUUGUCGCAGGUUGAUAAAGAAGGAACAACCAGAAUCAUCCAGCCAACUACAAAGGCAUUGUCACUUAAGGAAACGGCAGACAUUGUUGUAAAAUACUUGACCCCUUUCUACAAAGGUGGCAAAUUUGCUUCCAAGGUUGGUUAUGAGCCAUGUUGCUUUUUCCUCCUCUUGAAGGGGUGCCUAGUAGUGUUGUCUGUCCUAUCUAACUGGCAGCAUGGAGAGACCAUUUCCACUGUAUUGGCCAGUGUCUUGGGUCCCUUUUAGGGUGAGGGUAAACCAUGUCUGGAAAGAGCAGGGUAUAUUACCCUUUCCUAUAGCCAAUGUUCAGUGAGCUAGAUAGACAAUAUCAGAAAAAAAAUACUGGUGGAACAAGAGCACUCUAAUUCUGUGUUUGUUUUUAAAUUGUGUGUAAUGAGAGCUUAAAUACUUACAUUGUGACUUUGUUCCUUAGGAACUUCUUGCAGAUCAACAAGUUUCACUUAUACAAGACAUUGGUGUUUUUCUAUUUCUAAGUGAUUAGUUCAUUAGGUCAGAUACAUGUCCUGGGUGAUGCACAACUGGAAGAUGCUAGGUCCUACCAUUUUGGUCUCGGCACCUAGUCGUUAGAAUAUGGGAAACGUUAUAGGAGUACCAAGAUGUCUCCGAGAGUACACAAAAGCAAUCAUAUGUCAGUGAGGGUGAGAACCCUGUUAUGCUCAUUCUGUUUCUUCAUCCCUAAUUGGCAGGAUUUGUUUAAAGGGUUUGCCCGGCACCUCUCUCACUUACUGGCUGCAGACAAGAGUCCUCUCCGUAAGACAGGUGAGUUAUCAGGUGAUGGCUGGGGAGGAAUGUCUAGUGCCUUGUACCAGUAGAUACUGGAUCUAACACCAGUACAAAAUGAUCAGGCAGCCAGCUGUGUAUGGUGGGUGGGGGGGUAGGGUAAAAUAAUCUAAUAUGUGUAAUUGAAGAAAAUAUUUGAAAUAUGCAAGUGGUGUAUCUAAGGUAUAGGAAUUGGAAGGUGUAUGUGGAAUGUUAUAAGACUGGUGUCAGCACAUAGUUUUCAUUCCUUAGCAUCUCCUCGGUGUUUCGGUGGUAGAUCAUUUCAUUCUCCCCGAGUCCCCUAUUCUUUAAACAGCAUUUGCCACUGGAAUAUUUUCAUGGUUCAGAGCAUUUGUGCAAAUGUGCAUGAGAGAGAUGUAGUAUCAGACUAACCUAAUUUUGCUUGUGUGUUAUUGGGAAGGGAGGUUUAUGCAGAUUCUUUUCUUCAUAGAUGGCUUGGAGACAAAGUUAAAUGAUACUAUAGUUAACGGUGGUGAACAAGGUUGGGCAUCAGUGUAUUGUGUGUUACUUUCUGUUUGUAGUAAAAGAAGAAGCACAGAGACUGAUCAAGGAAUUUUUCAAAACCCGUGACAAGUGUGAAAAUGAGACAGACUGGCAGGAGCUAACCAGCUUGGAAACAUGACACCUGAAAGGCACUGGUUUUCUCUGCUUCCUGUGGCUGCUGGACCCCAAGCACUUAAAGGAAUCAUCGUAGCUAUGGGAGUGGGGUGGUGGUGGACCCAGUUAAGCACCGGCCUGGGGGAAAGGCCUUUGAGAUGUUAACCUAGCUAGGUAAAGUCUGUUGUGCAGAUGAAGUCACCAAUUUUAAGUUACAAGGCUGCCCUUUGAUACAGUCAACUUUGCUUGUUUUAGACAUACCACGAGACUGUAAUUGAUUCGUUUGCUGAGUAGGAAUCUUGCUGCUACCCAAGAUUUCCCGCCUCAACCCCCAGUCCGUUACUAUGUUGUUUUAAUUAGCAGCAGCAACAUCACUCAGAGUUGUCAUGGAAUACAUUUGCUUUGAAGAAGGCUUUCUCGUUUUGAUACAGUGGGAGGGAGUCUGGCAGAGCUGCUUUGCCCAGGUCCCUUUUGAUUUGUGUUGUUUGUGCUGAAAAGUGUCUCCUUGCACUAGAGUUAUUAUUUUUUAAACUGUGCAUAUUGCAAUAAGAAUGAGAAGUGCUGCCAGGGACAACUCUCUCUGUCAGAAAGUAAAUUUAGGGCCUAACUAAAGGUUGCAUGAAAUCAAUCUACAGUAUAAUAAAAUCCAGAAAGCUACCUCUUUAAACAGAGAGCAGCUGCUAUGGGAAGCGGGUGAUUUUGUAACGCCAGCAGGGCAGGGGAGGUUAUUGGUGCCAGUUGCUGUCAGCUGUGUUAUCCCAAAUGACUCCACUCUCACAUGAGGUUGUGAAAUACAUGUUUGCCAACUUCUAUGCUCCCCAUGGCCAUCAGAGUUGUGUUACAUACAAAUGCAUGUAACAUGUAGUCAGACACUUAUACAAUUUUAUUUUUCAGGAGAGAACAGUCUUCUUCAAGGCUUGAGGGCAUGUCCUUGCUUACAUAAGUUGAAGAGUUUUAUAUUUUGUGAAACCUCAGGAAUAAAUAGAGGCCAUGGGGCAACCCUUCCCUCCCCGCCAAAUUCUAUUUGGUGGUUACUAGUGUUUAUAUUCUGUUUUUUGUUUGCAGUAAACAGUUGUAUCCAGGAGCACCUCCUUCUGAUGAAAAGGCCUAAUACGUAUUUCAGGAAAGUUGUUGCCAUUGCAAUGUAUAAUUGCAUUUUUCUUUGUGCAUAUGGAGUAAGUCUAAAGAAAUCAGAGACCUUUGCAAAUAGCUUAUUACUGACAUGUGAUUCCAGGUAGGUUCACAUUAGGGCUGCUUCACAAGCUCUGUGAUGACAGGUGCGUUUGAUGCACGGUAAGGAGUCCUGGACAUUUGCACCUGCAGAAAACAUGAGUGUGUUGCAUGUGCAGAACUAUGUUUUUCAGGUGUAUAUGCAAAAUACUUUACAGGUUAUUAUAUGAGAUGUAGCCAUUUGUAUUAGCCACUUUGUAUUGUCCAUCAGGAUGUUAAAAGAACUAGCCUUCCAAAUAUCACAGUUGACUGGGCAGAGGUGAGUCUGCACAGCAGAGUCUUUGGUAUGAGGGCUGUGCAAGUAUUCACUUAAAGCCAUAUUGCUGCAUUGUGCCUCUCAUGUCAUCUUAUCAGACUACUGUGACAAAAUUGCCCAGGGGUUUUAGCAGGAAGAUGCUGCUUUAUUUAUGUAUAGUUCCAAGUUUGGCAUAGACUAGAUUCCCUGCUGGGAUUAUGGUUUUUUACAAUUGUAUUUUCUUCUUCUGUGCCUUAGAGAAGCAUUAACCUUUUCCUUUAGUGGAAACUCCCUAGACAAAGGUGGGCCUGGCAGAGGGACCCCCUUCUUAAUAGCUUGCACUUGGGAGCUAGGGGUUUGUUACUUUAAAAGGUUCAUGGUGAGCUGCUAAUAAAAUGAAUGUUAAAAGACCUUACACUGCUUAAUCUCAUUAUUUUUACCACUUGAAAUCACACACAGGGGCCAGGGCAGUAGCUCAUAUACAAAGGAAGGAUCUUCCUGCCCACCUUGGGAGAGGAAGAAGCAGCCGAGCUAACAUCACCCAGCCCCAUACUGCUCUGGCUCUCGUAAGAAAGAGUGGUAGGGGGGUUGAUCAGCUGAGAGGCAAGCUUCCUGGCC